AAGGCAACACCGUGUUCUGGGCUGGACAGGAAACGACGGAGACGCGCAGCGUGUCUCCUCACUCAGCAGCUGCGGGAGAGAAGAAUGGGAAAGAGGGAAUGGGACCGUGUGUGUGAAGACGAGGCAGCGUGUGGAAACAUGAGGACAACUGGCUGCUUUUAACCUCAUCUAAACAAUAAAAUUCACAGCUAUUUCACCGGGAGUUUUUAUCGGUUUUUUUUAUUUUUACCUGAGAGAGGUGUUGCCAUUGGAGAACCCGGGAGAGAAGAGGACCCUCUUUGUUAUUCCCAUUGGACUGUAAGUAGGCUUUCUCUAUUAUUUGAUUUAUUUUGCUCUUGAUCAGAGUUUUCCCAUCCUCUAAUAAGGACACUCAGAAUUUAAAUAUGUCAAAUGUGAAUUUAUGUCACAUAAUGAUCCCAGCUGAUCCCAGAUCAUCCAUCCUAGAUUGUACCCUAAGGAAAGGAAACGAGACAGACAGAGGGAGUGCUGUAUCACACUUAAUUCAAGGACCAAACAAGCACAUUUGAAUGUGUUGUCGUGUGUUUGAGAAGUGUUUUUGUGUGUUUGAGUGGGGGUCUGGGAGCCCCCCUCUGCGGCCAUUGAACAAUCCUUUUCUUGGGGGGAGAAAGGGCGUGCGGCGUUUGGGCCGACCAGGAAAAGAGCCGCGGCUGUUUUUCAUUGUAGAGGCAUUUAACACCAGCCCUUUGUUAGAUUUGUGAGUUUGGCUAUCGUGUCUGUGUUCCUCGGUGGGUUUUCAGCCUAAUUUUCCUCCUCUGCAUGAGAUUAAAGUGAAGGGAGAUGCACAGUCUCCACCCUGUUCAGCGGGAGGAGGCUCUCUCUCUAUCUAUCUAUCAGCCGCUGGUAAUGGCCGAUGGGUUUGUCGCGAUGCUGUUUGUUAUUGCCGGUAAAUGAUUCUCAGAGCGGCUAUUUUCACUGGAGAUAAUCCACAAUUUAAGUGGGCAUGUGUGGGGAAAAUGUGCCAGGGUUUGCGUUAUUAUCAACGGCCUCAUACCCUGCAGCUCGUGGGCACUGUUUUAAUUCCCUUUGUUGGAUGAGGCCGCUGGCAGCAGAUUGGAUAACAUGAAGCCAGUUUGACCAGUGGCUAUCCCUAAUUUAGACCAGCUCCCACUUCAGCCAGAAUAAUCAUCCCAAGUGUUUUAACCUACUUCAUGUUUGAAGCUUAAGUUUCCUCUGGGUUUCACUUUUAUGCACGAAGUAACGCCAUGAUUGUGUUUACGCCUCUCUCAGACAUUCACACUGGAAAGAUAAGUGACCCCACACUGACAGUAGGGUUCAAAGGUCAUUAGAAGAAGGGAUGAAUACCAUGCCACAGUCUGGCUGGCUACCAUAUGGGUUUCCACAGAGUAAACACUCCUGUUUGAGUGUUAUUUACAAACCAAGGCCAGGCGAGGAUACUUUGUACCUCUUUCCUUCAGUGGCAAAUAGUCUUUAUUCCCCACAGUGGCUUUAUAAUAGACCGUCUGUGUCCUUAAGGCACGCUUGAUUUGCGUCCACAAAGCCCUAGACUGGGAGCACAUUAUUCUGGGCAUGGAGACAGUGCUGCAACAAUGCGACCCAUUGGCUUACAGUGAAGUUAAUGGGUUGAAAAUAACUGUUGGCCUUAUGGUGGCUUCCCCCCUCCCGGCACAUGCCUUCGAGCUCGCUGUGUUUCUUUGCAGAAGAGGUUUGGAGUUCAUUCAGCGUCUAGACAAAGACAGAAAAUGUGUUGAUGCCACAAGCACAUCUGGAAACUCAGUGAUAUUUUAUGUUUUUCCCGCUGGGGAUAGUUAUUGUGUCUGUGUUUUUUUGAGUGAAAAAGGGUUUAAUUAUCAACCGGUUAUGUAAGAUGGAGGGUUUUUGCUCUUGUUUGAUGUGAAAAGCAACUUUUGGCGGUUUGUUAUAUUCCUGUGGCUGAAUUCCUGCACGGUUAUUGCCAUUUCAGUUUUCUCAAUAUCACUGAAAUUAGAGGAGAAUUAAAGCUUGGUCAUGCCUGUGAAGCUUUAUUGACUUAAAGGUGCAAAAAGUUUAGUAAAUACUCAAGUUUGUAUCUCCAAACCGACAGCUUUGACUCAGGCAGUAAGUGCUGCAAUGAUGUCUUCUCAGGGCGAGAUCGAACUGUGAUCAGGUUUUAAGGAAACUGUAACAUGAUCGCAGAAACUUGCUGACAUUUAAGGUGCAUGGAGCUGUUUUUUUAAUUCUCUCUUCACAGUCAUAAAAAGACGGAUAAUAAAAAAGGUAGAGAGCAGAUAAAGGUUUCAAACAAGGAGUCUUCUUGGUCAGGACUCUAAUCAGCGAUUGCAGCAGCAUGGGACCUUUUGGGGUUUUAUCCCUUUUAUUCAGAGGGGAUAGGACGGUGAAAAGAGCAGAAACUGAGGUGCGAGAAUGGGAAAUAGAAAGGAACCACAGGUCAGGAGUAAACUACAACUGCAACCUCUGCAAAUGGGGCAGCAUGAAGACCGCCAGGCUAGCUGCUCACCCGAUGUCGUCAAGAUGUUGUCCAGAGUCCUGAGUCGGCUUUUUAAGUUGCUGUUUUAGUGGGUUAGUUUAUGUGUUUGUAGUUCUGUAGUGUUGUGUGGAUCCAAGUUCGACUUCCAAAACAGCAACAACAAGAUAACAACAUUUGGCGUGACAUAUGCAAAUGGCCACAAGGGGGCGAAAACAGCGGAAUAACUCUUUAACCGUGCGUCUGGGAAAAAACCUCAAGUGCGCAAAAUCAAAGAUCUCGUAAAGACACACGUGCCUCUAAAGUUUCGGGCAGAUCGGACAAAGUCGAUGUUCGUGGCGCUUUGUAGGGGGCGCUAGCGAGCCAUUUUUAAUCUUUUUUUUUUUUGUUCACUUUAAAACAUUGCGAUUUUUCGUCAGGCCUAACCUGCCUGCCAAUUUUUCGUGAGUUUUGGAGGUCGUUCAGGGGGUCAGAUUUGCGUUUUCGGAGGCAGUAAAAUAAUAAAAAUGAUAAUAAUAAUAAUAAUAAUAAUAAUCGAGAACCCGUUGGAUUACACUAGGGCCCAAAUAUCCAAGCAGAGCAAGGUAGACCAGCAACUCCUGUGUCCUGUUUUCUGAAAGAUAACAGUCUGAACAUGCAAGAAAGAUAGUUAGAUCCGGACCAUGUGCUCUGGGAGAUAAUAGUUCACCCACAUAGUUACUGGCCAGAAAUCUGAUGGAUCAAUUCCUAAAUUUUUGGACUCUAUGGUCAAUUUUCCUCAAAUUUAAAAAAAAAAAUGGGUGCAGGGUCAGAUAUGGGUUGAACCCCCAACAGUUGCAUGUAUGAUUCAGCUUUACAGUCAGAUCAUUGUUGUCAUUCCAAGUGCAAGAAUUCGUUGCAGUAGCAAGAAUCAGAGAACCAAUCUGCACCUCAAACGCCUCAGUCUGUACUUAACAGUCCUGAAGUCAUUGCACUCUGGCAGCUUAGUCAUAAAAAGCUCAGUCAUGGAUUAAAUUUGCAGCCACGGAGGUAAAACACAUGUUCAAAGACGAGAGCGUGUCAUUUCACUGCCUCUGUGUAAAUGCACAUGUAGAGAGAUUCAGUGUCAGCGUUUCUUUUUUUUUUUUUCCUGCAAACUGUCAGAAAGACAACCUUGGGGGGGAGAAAUGUCAGCUCCGAGUACAUAACCAGGAACAUGGUUUUCUCAUUUAGCCGCUCUGACAUGUUCUGCCAAAGGAGAAAAGGAGAGAAGGAAGAAAACUCUCUCUUUUUCUCUUGAACUCGUCCUUGAGCUGCUGCCUUUCAUCCCUCUUAUUUAAUGCGCCUGAUUUCUUUGGGAUGUAGUUGAUUAGAUGAGAAAAACAGUUGUCAGAGAAGUUUGUAGCUUGAGGAAUGAUCCACAGAAAAAGAGAGGAAAAGCUGCUCUUAGUUUGUUUGUGUCGACAUGUCAUGCAUGCCGCUCUGUCUGCGCGUUACUGGCUGUGUCGUGUGAGUGGCGAGAGCCGUGUCUGACCUCCACCCAUCCAUGUCCCAGAGCAGAAGACUCCUCUACACAAAAGCUGCAGAGAUGAGGCUGGGGGCGGCGGCGAUGGCGGUGUAAGCUUACCCAGGUUGUGUUACAGCCGGGGGUGUAGGUGGGUGAAGGAGGGUAAGGGGAGAGGAUGGCACUUCAAAUGUAGCCUUCAACACACCCCUGAUGGAGAGCCAGAGGGGAGAGAGAGUAACCCGAUAUCUUCACUGUUAGGAGGUUCCUUGGCUCGGGUCUGGAGGAGGAAAACAAACUGGAACAGGCCAACAGCUGCUCUCGGGCCCAGCUCGGUCAUGCCAAACACGAUUCGCCACAUUAGAGCUGGAUCUUUGAACAACUGAGAUGAAAAUCAUGUCAGAAUGGUUAAGAGAACUGUUUUUUAUAAUCUGUACAUGUAAAAUAUAACCGUACAGCCCAAAGUAGAAGCAUUACCAGCUUAUAAAUUAUAAUAUGAUUGGUGAUGAACAACAUAGAGAAAUAAACCAUGGUCAUAUUUUGCCAUAUGGUCCAGUACAGCCCUAUUCAGAAAUGCCACAGGCUGCAUUCAAGUCCAGUCACUUGAUCCCGAACACGAUAAAAACAAGAUGCCACAUUCUGGGUGUGUUGCCUCAGUGUGUGUGUGAGUGAAAACCAGAGAGAAAGUGUGUGUUAGUCAUUCCACCUGGGUGUGUCACAGGCACGUGGUCUCAGCCACUAUAGAGCCUUGUUCUGGUAACAUUUUGCUGACCUUUGGUGGCAGCUGCCCCUGCCAUUUGGAGACAAAGACAAAUGGCUAACCAGGAGGCCCGCAGCCUGCGAAAACCUCCACUGUUCCAGAUAGAAGGCUGCUCUUCCUGUUGGCCUUUUUAUGCCCACUCUCAUACUGAUAUCUGUGUUCUCGGCGGCAGGAAAUCAAUUGUUUGAGCUAAAAAUGCGACCUUUUUUUACAUUUGAGACUGUAACGAUAAGACGGUCUCUGUAAACCUUAGCUCUCCUGCUUUUUUUUACAGCUGUUUAUCCACUACCACCAGUAUGCGGACGGUAUGGAGAUGUAUGAGAAAUGUAUGGACAUAUCAGCCCGCAUUUUCCGCCUGUGCAGAUGAUUAGAGUCGGCAGAAGGAGGACAGCCUCUUCUCUUUCCAGGGCAGUACAUGAUCUGGGUCCUUGUUCUGCAGGUGCACCGGAGCGCACAGGCUCACACACUCUGCAGUGAAGACGAGGCGAGGUAUAAAUGGAGAAGACCGGCCUCCAGUUGGAUGUCUUUGCAGUGUUAGUUUUCAUAUCUGUGCCACUGGGUGAAUGUUUUAAAAGGGAGAGUUUCAGAGUAUCACCAAAGUCUGUGUCGAAGUGAAGAGUACAGGUCAAAGGGGAAACUUUUUGGAUCAUAUUUACCUCCGCCAAGGAGGUUAUGUUUUCUGUAGCGUUGGUUUGUUUGUUUUUCUGUUGGCAACUUUACGGAGAAAGUAACAGACGGAUUGACCUGAAACUUUCACCAGAGGUGCGUCUCAGCCCCAGGGGGAUCACAUUAAAUUUUGGUGGUGAGGGUGUCAUUGGAAUUUUCAAUGCUGAAAGAUAACUAAUGGGCGGCACAGUGGUGUAGAUAGGCAGCACAGUGGUGUAGUGGUUAGCACUUUCGCCUCAUAUCCAGAAGGUCCUGGGUUCAAAACCUGAUCAGGGAAUUUCUUGUUUAAGGGGGGACAUGAGCUGCUUAUCGGAGGUCUGUGCUCUCCAAGUGCUUUUCUAGUUUUAUAUGCAGUCGUCAUGGUUUCCACCUGCGUAAACAGCAAAUUCAGGCCUGAAAAUACUCUGCACUUGUUGCCUCAAGCUGUCGGUUUGCAUAGAGAGCCAGUGUUGUUUUUCUACUACAGUAAGAGUUGGUCGCGUAAGGUUGCAGUCAAAAACAAUAAGUGAGGUAUCUUUGAUUGAUAUUAAGAUCAUGAUUAUUGGGUGCAGCUACUUAUUGAACAACAUCUACACUUAGUUAGCAACACUUAUAUAACAAAUGAUUAUUUUGAAGUCUUGAAAAUUGAAAAUUUCUGUAAAUAAAUGGGUGAAAAACAUCAUAGGUGGCCUUUUUUGUUAACUGAAACCCACCUGUAUGUCAUCUCCUUUGACUUGCCUUAUCAUAUAUUAUAUGAGAGCUGUUCGAGGGCAGAGGAAGAGCACAGAUUAAUCUCAGUUAUCUUCUUUCAUGAUCGUAAAAAAGUCUUUAAAAAUCCCAGAAUUCGGUUAACUCACUGCCAAGCCCUUGUACCUUUUUAUUCUUCUAAAGUGCGUCAGCUUGUAAAAUGUGUCAGAGUUGUAACUUCUGCAGAGGUGGUGCUUUUUUACACCUCUUGUAGCGCAGGUGUGCGGCUCAGCCAGGUGUGCGGGGGAUAAGUUACCAUGAAGAUCCAGAGAGGUCAAGAGAGAAACGCAUUGGUGACUCUAAAAACUCUGGCCUCGGGCUAAAAUAACCUCCCUUACCCAUAAAUCUAAUUUAGCGCUUCAACCCUUCGAUCUGAGGCUAACUGCUAUACUGAAUAAGUGAUACCUCCUUUCCUUUAAAGUGGAAAUAUAACUCUUCAACAUUUCUCUAUUUUCUGCUUUUAAACUGUGUUUUACAGAGAUAGAGGUCAUAAAAAAACACUCGUCUCACUCCGAUCGUUCGUCAUUAUCCCGCCAUCAGAUCCUCAAUGACCUAUUUUCCCGUCUCCUAUCUGAUCUGCUAUGAUACUCAUGCUGUAUGUUGUACCGUUCAGUCAUUAAUUGUCCCUUUCAUUUCCUUCCUCUGUCACUGUACAUUUAGUUUAAGCAGCUUAGGCAGCCAUUAAUCAGUCAGUGUGACUUUGACAAUGGCAGGUGGCUCAGUCUCACCCCCCCUCUCUACUGUAAUACAGAUGGCCAGCUUCAGUCAGGGCUGUAGGGGGUCAGUCUUUGUUAGUUUGUCCUGCAAAAACUGCUUGUGCACAUCUGUAACUGCAGCAAAGCCUCGGAGCAGUUUGAAGAGCUUUUUCUAAGUUUUACACAGGUGGGCGAUCAGGCUGAAACUGAUGCUGGCAUUAAAGGCUGGAAAAGGGAAUCUCAUCCCAGUGGGAAUUCUCAUCUGGAAUUCCAGCAGCUGCAUCAGGUAUCACAGAAGAAGAGGAGGUGAUUUAUGGUUUCACGUUUCAUCCUUUACUCCACCUGCCUGCAUGAACUCCAGCUAAACCUCCGCCGCAGCAGUCACGGGACGGCGUGAUGGAUGGAGGAGCCGCAUGUCUGCGUGGAUGGACAGGCUUUAAAGCUCCUGGAUAAUGGGUCCUGCAGAGACGAGGAGAAGGCACAAAAUGCUUGAGGCAGUUCUGAGACGUGGUUCAGAGAGUCAGAGAGCACAAAGUGCAAACUCAGAGGAAAUGUAUAUGUGCCGUCUGGCUGCUGCAGAGAGAAUAUGCAUUAUCGACUGGGUGAUGUAUAGUCUGAUGGCUGUGAGACGUAAACAUGGAAGGAGAAGGUGGAUUUAUUUGUUUCUCUCUCUCUCUCUUUCGUGCUUUCACAUGUGCCACAGUUUUGCAUCUCUGACUGAAGUGAAUUAAAAAGCCUGUUCUUGGCAGCAGAGCAGGAAAUGUGUUAAAUCAGCAUCACGGGAUCCUGUGAAAUGUUGCCUUCGACUUUCUUGUUAUCCAUCAUUUUUAAACAAGGUUGUAAAAAUUUCCAUCACAAUCCAUUUAUACCCACCCGCCCUACCUGUUUACUUAAUUUAAUGCAUUUAUCACCGAUGUGUAAAAGUGACGCAUGGAAGGGAUCUUAAAAAGGGACAAAAAACUGCAGCUUGUCCAUAAAAUAGUGUAAAAGGCUCAAGUUUUGCUUAAAAUGUAUCAGAUUGGUGCUUAAGUAUCCCCCGCCUCAUCUCUAAUAAUUGUUCCUCAACUUGGCAGUACUUAAGAAACAUCCAUUUUAAUUUCCACAAGCCUCUAAAAGCAGGUUGUUGGUUAAAAGAGAGGCUUAUUUUCAGACAACUGGGGUAAACAGAGAGACUCAGUACUGGGUCAGCAUGAUUCCUCGCUCUAUCCUCUCUGCUCUUCUUCCUGAUCAGGGUUCAGCUAGUUCUCAUGACAGCAGUUUGCGUGUCUGUGUGUUUAUUUGCGCAGGGUUGAUUGUGUUGGUUUGCACUCUCUGGAUGCACUUAAAGUCCAUCAAACUGAGAUUUUCAGAGAGGGGGAGUGAAAAGACCCACAGAGCAAACCUCGUUGUUUUCCCUCACCCUGCCGUGAAAUGCCUGCCUCUUGGCCCACAUGUUUGGAUGAUCUCUGGAUGAGUUUAUGCUUGUACAGUUGUUUUCUAACCAUCAGCUUCCUGUCAGAUCCACGGAGGGUUCAGUUUUUUAUACCACACAGCAAACACAAACAAUAGGAGCGUUAUGAGACCAUCUGAGAAAGUCCAGGGUGCAGUAAUGGUGAGUGAUGGCAUGUUUGUUUGUGUGGUUACGAAGUCUGUGCAUCACUGGAAUUUACAGAUGUCUUUCUAUGCGUUAAACAAUAGGUUCCCGAUCUGUGUGUACAUCAUUUUGAAGACAAAUUUAAACAAAAUUGUUAGUUGUAUACCAAACAGUGAUGCCUGUACUCUGUUCCUACACCAGAGGACCAAAGAAAACAGUGAUUGUGACUUUACCUCUUAGCAAUAAUGUGCCAGCUACAGAUGUUUCUGCUCAAGACAUGCUGUCAUAACUACAGCUGCAACACCUCCUCCUAUUUGGGUCAAAUUAUGGAACCUUUGUGGAGUGUACUGGAGCUGUUCUUCUGGAGCACUCGCCAGAUUUUUUUUCCCAGUGUUUUUCCGCCUCUGCAUUAGCCUGCAAAUGACAUCCAGGCAGCCAAUCAAGGCAGUGCAGCAUUAUCAAAGUGUUCUGUUCAUUCGUGUCACUGCAUGGAUUUUUGAGGAUAGAAAACUGAGAGGCUGCAGAUCUUCUACAAAGACUCAACUUGGGAUGUUUUUUGUGUCCAGCCCACAACAAAAAAGUAGCAAUCUAAGCUUUUAGUGAAAAUGUGCAGCCCAGAGUACGUUUUUUCCCAGCUAACAGGCUAACAUUGUUUCUCUAAGUGUCUGAACACUUGACAGAAAGGAUCCCAACAGAGACAGGCCAGCAAGGGUCAUUCUGGACCAGAAACAGCCAUUAAGUACCUCUCUUUAAAACUCACCAGACUCCAUCAACAGAAACAGUCUCUGUACUUUACUCAAACACAGAAGCUGCUUGUCUAUGACAGCCAUGAAUGGUAAGUUUGGUGUUUUUGGUUUUAAAACGGUUACUUUGGAUUAGACACUUUAACCCUAAAACAGUCCGAAACCUCCAUUAAGGAGCAGCGUAGAUGAGCAACUCCUGUGUUGUGCAAGACAAAACUGUUUUCUUUGUAUGGCGUCUGGUGGCUUUGAAGGGAGGGAUAUUACAGCUUCUUGGAUUAUAAAAAAAAAAUCCAUCUUAUUCUUGUCUGACACUUGGAAUUACAAUCUGAUCCCACCACUGACAAAAACAAGUGCUUUGCUUGCUUGUAAAUGCCCCGAAGGAUCAUGUUGCAGCCAUUAAAACUGUCUCAGCUGCCUGCUGAAGCAGUGUACCGGAGCAAACCAACAAUAGUUUAAACUGGUUUACAAAUAGGACACAGGUUAUAAUAAAUACCAGAAAGUCUUCUACCUUGUUGCGAUCAAAAAGACUGUGCUCAACUGCAAAUACACACUGAAAGCAAAAACAGGCUCCCUCUUACAUAAUUUAAAAUGUUCCAACUGUUUCAAGUGUUUCUGCGCUCACUUCAAGCCACAAACUAGCAGGAAGCCAAAUACUGGGGCUUGUUUUGCCAUUAAAUAUGCACUGCAGCCUACUUUUCCAGCCCUUGGACCUUUUAACUUCACUCUAACCCAUAAUGAUGAAAGUUACCUCGGCUGAUGUGUGUUAGAAAGUGGCUAUACGAUCUUGGCAGCACUUUCCAGUGCGGUGAAACCCCGACCGAGGCAAAUGAGAUGGCUGGAAAGCAGCCUGCCUUUGUCACAUAGUAUGUUUAUAACAUCCCGAAGGCGGAGAAUCAAGAGGGUAACCCCACAUAACGCAGUGUCAUCUGAGCAAGCAGCCAAAAAGGCAAGUGGAAAAACACCUGUGAGGAAGAGGGGUCGGGCGUUUCAGACGUAGGGAGUGGACAGGUUUAUGGGAGCCACAGAAAUGUUGAUGUCAUGUGAAACAACAGCCUGGAAACACUGAGGUCAGCCUUCGUUUUAUUGCCAAAUUCACACUUCUUCACAGCUGGCUUCGAGCUCGCUCUCUGUACUUACUGUACGGAGAGAUGUUGGCAGGCUGCACCAUUUUUCUGUUCACAUCAGGGUUCAUGUAGGACGGUGAAGGAAUGCAGCGUUUCAGUUACUGCAGUGACCUACAAGUGGAAACAGCCGUGCUCGCCGUAGUGGAAGUGGAUUGACACAUUUUUGCGAGAGAAUCCCUUGACAGUCACUCAAACCUGCAGGCUUAAUCUCACAAAAUAGCGCUGCAUGUGUGCUUGUGUGGCAGCCUCUCGCCAAAUCUCAUUGACUAAUACCCCGGCAGCUCUGCGAGCGAGCCCCAGCCUCUAUUCAACGCGUCUCUGGGUUAAGUUAGUGGCUGAGUGGCUUGCUAAUCUCUCUCUCUGCCCUGCUGAUCUUCACUCUCGAGUGAUUUCUGAUUAUUCCGACACCACGUGCCACGCAGCAACCAAACCCAGUGACUGACUCGGGAUCUGCCCCCGAGUUUGGCACCAUGACCGACUUUUUGAGGCUGUGGGUCACUGACUCACUUGUGGUCAGUGAGUUUGACCCCUCGCUGCUGUUGGUGAUCCCUGCUGGGAAGUUACGAGAUGGAAUAAUUGGAAAUUAAAAGUGACUUCAUUUUGACGUGAAGUUGACUUUGGGGUAUGAUUAGCUCCGGGAUUGCUCUGAACUAGGCCUCUGACAAAACUGCAAUUUUAGCUUUGAAGAUUGUGGGAGUUCCUGGUCUGCUGCACCCUCUAUUAGUUGACCCCUUUGUGUUAUUGUCUAACAUUUGUGUUUGAAGUAGUUAUCUGGUUCAAACAACACACUAUAACUCAACUGAACACACUGGUAUGGCAAAGGUAGACAAGCAACUCCCGUGUUCUUGUGGUUGGAUAACUUGUCAGUAAAGCAUGGCUACUUUGCUAAGACAAAAAGGAUGUUGCUCUUUGUUAAAAUUCUUGUUCAGCAGAAAGCUUUUAGGAUGAAGCAGAGUUAGACCUCUAACUCCCAUAGUUUGCAGGGUAAAACCACUGUGUUUUGUUAAAGGGGUCUUUAAAACAUCUGUGCUCACUCUCUUUAAAUACACUUGACUCCAAUGACAACAGCUUUAACACUUUACAGAACUUGGGAGUUGCUGGUCUACCACUACAUUAACAGGUUCCUCUAUGUGAGAUGUCACGUGUUACAGAAAGUUGUUUAAUAACUAAACUUUGAUUUUUUUUUAUCACUAAAGUCACACAAAACACAAACAAACAAGCAAGCUGAGGCAGCAGUAGGUAGAACAGCAACUCCCAUGCAAGAUGAAUUUAGGGUAUGAUUAGCUCUGGGAUUGCUCUGAACUAGGCCUCUGAUAAAACUGCAAUUUUAGCUUUGCAGAUUGUGGGAGUUCCUGGUCUGCUGCACCCUCUAUUAGUUGACCCCUUUGUCUUAUUGUCUAACAUUUGUGUUUAAAGUAGUUAUCUGGUUCAAACAACACACUAUAACUCAACUGAACACAUUGGUAUGGCAAAGGUAGACAAGCAACUCCCAUAGUUUGCAAGGUAAAACCUCUGUGUUUUGUUAAAGGGGUCUUUAAAACAUCUGUGCUCACUCUCUUAAAACACACUUGACUCCAAUGACAACAGCUUUAACACUUUACAGAACAUGGGAGUUGCUGGUUUACCUCUACAUUAACAGGUUCCUCUAUGUAAGAUGUCACGUGUUGCAGAAAGUUGAUAAUAUUCAGUUAAUAACUAAACUUUUUAAUCACUAAAGUCACACAAAACACAAACAAACAAGCAAGCUGAGGCAGCUGUAGGUAGAACAGCAACUCCCAUGCAAAAGUACAGAAACAUUAUGUUAAAAGUAAACUUAAAGUCACUUCAUUCACAUAAAACUACAAACAAAUCAUGUAACUCAAACAAUAGGAUGUAGAAUAGCUACAAGGGAGUUGCUUGUCUACCUCUGCCAGUGUGUUCAGUUGAAUUACAGUGUUCUGUAUGAACCAGAUUAACCAUUUCAAACACAAAUGUUAGACAAUAACACAAAGGGUUCAACUAAUAGAGGGUGCAGUAGACCAGGAACUCCCACAAUCUGCAAAGUUAAAAUUGCAGCUUUGGAUAUAAAAUAUGUGAUAGCUGCGUGUUGUAAGAAGCAUCUUAACAAGGUUUUCGACACACUCAGUAAUCCUGAAAGAGAUGUCCUGUCUGUUGCUGGCUUCAGAAAAGUCUAUUUCACAUACUUUUUAUGUGGCCUGGAUCGCCGCCUCAUGUCAUUUCCUGGUGCAGUUGUAAAAGUUUUUGUCUUUGCUGGUCAUUCAGAGCCUCAACUAUGUGAAUAAAAUACUGCCAGGGUUUCAAAAUACAGGAAUUCCCCCCUACACGCUGAGCAGCUGUGAGGAAGCUGUGCCCAUGAUGAGGCCUCGGAGUUGGACACUUUUCUGUGGCAGUGAUAUAAAACCAGCUCACGCUUGUUGAAAUGCUCCAACACAAAGGACCAUUAUGAUCCAGCAUGAGGGGCAGCAGGUUCAAAUGUGGACUAACACAAAAGGCAUUUAAUCAUGAAACUCUGUAUGUGUGUGUUACAUUACCCAUAAACCCCCUGCUAGCCGGCCGGUGGGGUCCGAUGGAGGUCCCGCUGGCCAUCGUGGGAAAAUUCCUGACGCAGCAUUAUUCCAUAAUUCUCACCAUGUGUGGUUUUUCCAGGGCCAAGCUCUCACUGGAGGGACCGUGGAGAAUCCUAGUGAGGAGAGAUCAGCUCCUUGUAAUCACAACCAGAAGUGUGUGUGUGUGUGUGUGUGUGUGUGUGGACAGCAGAAGCAGUGAGUGAUAGUAGGAGGUCAGUUAGACAACAACAUCUCCACAGAGGAAAGUAAUGAGGGCCGGUUGUUUGUGCAGAGACCUUUUUGUCAUGUGACAAGAGGAAUUUUGGUGCGAGGAGCUGAUAAACACACUACAUGCAUCGAUGUGCUGAAGUAGUCAGCUGUGCAUUUGAUCAAAUUUGACUUGUUUUUUUGUUUUUCAGUGGUCAUGAGCAAAAUAAUCGAUAUAAGAGAUUUAUCCGGUCAGGGAAGGACGGCUUGAAACAAACCUGUCCUGCGUCUUUUUAAGUCGACUUUACGUGGAACCUCUGCAGAGGUCACUCGGUCCGUCGAUGGCAGCGGUGCCAUCCAUAAGUUGCUCUUUUCUCUUUUUAAAAGUAAAACCUGAUCAAUACUAAUGCACCUUCAGCUGUGUGACCAAACAUCAAUCAGCUGACUGAUGGCCUCCCUCAAAGCUCUUUAGAAGAAGCUCAGGGUCAGGGUGAACCUUAUCACACCCUGGAACCAGAUUAAGAUGCUGCUCCUGAUCAAUAAAUCUGCCUCUGUAUUGAUAUGUUGUUCCACAUAAGGGCGUAUAUACUGUACAUCGUUUUGUGGCAUAAAUGAGAGGUCGGCACCAGAUUAGAGCGCUGAACCGUCUCUUCUCCUGCUGAAUAUUUCACAUUUCAGAUGCCAUCUUCUUAUGCAACCCUGAGAGCGUGAGUGGAACGUAUCUUUAAUCAUUAAUCUGCAGCCUCUGUUGCGUCAGUGUUCCUGCGUCCUGUGCGGGUAUCUUUAAGAGCAGACAUGCCUCUGUGUGUCUGUCAGAUGGUUGUUGGUUUAAUGUUAGAUUGUGAGCUGUGUUGUUAUCUUAUUUUGUCACAGAUGACCUAGUGUGUUUGAAAAAGAGCAUUCAAAUAAGCGAGAAGACCUUUAAGAUAUACACAAGGAGUGGAGACGACAUGCAAAAAGCUGCAGGUUUAUGUUGAAACAGAGCAGCUAUUCCUCUUUUCUUCUGAGUUUCUGAGCGUGGAAAUGUUAGGGAGACAGUCAAAUAGACGGCCGCAGUCAAAAACUUUACAUGAGUUGGAAAAAAGUGGAUAAAGAGCAUCAUUAUGGGGGUUUCUGCUCUCGAGAGAGAGGGUUAACUCUCAUGCCUUAAGGGCUGUAAUCCACACUGAUCCACCCAAUUAAUGCAGUGUGUCAUCAUGAGUAACAAAGACCCUGUGUGGUGGCUUGUGUGUCAUUUUUUCCUCUGUUUUGAAGUCUGUUCUGUGAUGUGGUUGUGUGAAAAAACCAUAUUACAGUUUGUGUCUUUAUAGCUGAUUACUCUAUCAGGCUAAACUCUCUGUGUGCGAUCAUUAAAGCUCACAUAUAUGGAUAUUUUACAGCAUCAACACUCACACGUUAUCCUUAUUUAGCUUUCCUGGCUCCUGCUUACUCAUUUUCUGUACUUCCCCAUCCAACAAUCCUGUCUUUCUUCCCCUUUCUGUGACAUCAUCAUCGCCUCUGCUCGCCAAGCGCCUUGCCCUCCUUCCCACUUCCUGCCUUGACCGGAAAUGAGCGUGCCCUGAAGGAUUGCUGUUAAUGGGGGAAGUGUGGGUGGACAAGGACACACCUGUAUCCACCACACAGGAGCCUGUGUUUCCCCUCGCUCUGUUGUUGAAGUGGGGCAGCCAUGUAGGCCACAUAAAAAGUCAGUGAAACCAACUUUUUGUGGAGGCAGAGACACGCGGGGCACCUUUUGGGUAGCGGUGUGUUUUUUAUUGAGCCGAAGGGGCAUGAACAUGAAACAGCUACUGUUUUCAGAGAGGGUUUCUCAGAGGGAGACGUUUUUACAUAUUUUGGGGUCGUAUUGACUGACAGGUUGCUAUUCAGAGUGUCUUAAUAUGUCCUAGAAGGUAGAAGACAUAUUCUGGGUAUAAAAUACAUCAAGUUAGGAAUGGCCCAGCUGUCAACUUCAAGACAGGCUGUACCUGAAAUACACCAGUUUCUUUGCUGAAUCACAUCUGUUGUUUGCCUGCAUGCUAUUCCACCCAGAUUCAAACACAUUGCAGGACAUGUAGUGUGCAGAAUCUCUUGGGUUUUAUGUAGUUGUGACUCUAAUAGGAGGUUGUUGCCUGAGUGUGACAAAAAUGUGACCAAAUGAGCCUGGUCCAAAUCGACCAAAGGAGCUUGUUAUUCUCUUAAAUUGUUGCUUAUAAGAAUCCCACAAAGAUUACAAAAAUAAUUAGUUCAUUUCUUAAUUUAGAGCAAGAUAUGUUUUUCUGUUGAAACACCAAAAAAACUGCUGCCUUUGCUUCAUCCUGUGAGUUUGUUUGCAUAGUAACCAAACAUUUGAGUUGGACAACAACACAAGGACAGGGGGCCUGAUUUAGGCUGCGGUAGACCAGCAACUCCCACACUCAGCACAGGGAUGAAACAAUGAGAGAUUUUCAUGGUGUGUUAUUCUGAUGAGAGUUGUGGAUUCAUUGAUUUUAUAACUUUUCUCAUGCACAGAGGACUUGAGACCACUCAACAGCUGAGGUGAAUUUGUUUACACCGAGCUGAAAGUCCAUCUUUUCCCCUAAAUGACACAUUUAUUUCAUUAAGUUACUUUCUGCUGAUGUCAUCUCCUUGGCUCUUAUGUAUUGUCAUGACUUGGUCGUGCAGCGCUGGGUGUUUAUUUUUCAGAUUUUUUUACCCUUUAGGUGCAACUGUUUCGGCUGCAGAUUUUGCAAAUUGGUGAGCCGUUGCUUUGAAGAACAUCUUGGUCAUUCUUGGUUCACAUGAAACGCUGAUUUCUCUUGUUUGUUCGGUGGAUAAACACUUUCCUGCUUGGUCCCUUGACUAUGGUUGAGCUAAUAUGCAGAGCGUCACAGGAAGCUGGUACACACGGUGGCACCUUUUGUUUUGUCUUUGUUUUGUGCAGGUUACAGCAAACAUAAUGUGCCAGAAUAAUAAAAAUAAGAAUAAUAAGAAUGCAAAAAAGUUAGCAUAUAAAGAGGAUGUAUAUUGCAUCUAUGAUAGACUGUUGGCUAACCCGUUUACAGGAGUGAAUUGGCUCUUAUAGUUCUUUACAGCCUAAACCUAAAAUGAUAUAGUCCAAGUAACACAAGCAGGACUCCCCUAAGAAGCAGGUUGUUUACUAGUAUCGUAACGGCACAUCCGGAAAAAUCUGAAUCGUAAAUAUUCCCAAAAGCAAAUCACAAGCCCAGCAUUGUCUUCGCUCAUAAGUCGGUCAUGUUUGUCUGUGCAUGUGCUGCAGGCCUUCCUUUGUUGUCAACAUCAGACCAGCUGCCUGCAGGCGGGGCGGCCCCUGUUGCUGUUGUGACUGCAGCAACUGUGUUCCCUGCAGCUGCACGGAUCCAUGUGUCACUGCCACACCUGCUCAAUGGCCUUGUGUUGACUGAGUGAUAUCACACAUUAACUGUGUGCAAAUUACACCAAAGAGGGAGAAAGUGGGGGGUAGGGAGUUUAACUGUAAUCUGAGGAGGCAAUUGUGUGCUUUUGGGCCUGCAUGACUGCAUGACACAUAAAGUCAUACUCCUCCUGACACACUGUUCCCGUUCGAAGAAGUGUGUUUGCUUUAAAAACACACAUACACACACACUCUGACCCAGAGAAAGGCCACAUGCUGAGGUUGAACAACUGUUGGUGUGGAGAAAAAAAGCCGGAACAGCUGAGGCCAGCGGGAAUAUCUUCCUCAUAGUUAGCCAUAACAUCAGCUCCCUACCUCUCACACUCACUCUCAAAGUAAACACACUGCUACCAAAUCAUAGCGUUGAGACUUCCCGGCCAGCUCAGCAUGUUGUAACCUACAACCAACUGACUGUUUAACAUGCCCUAAUUAUAUUUUAUGACCAGAGUAUGACUCAGCAUGUAGAUUGUUAGAGAUAGAGUAGGGAUCGAGUGGUGUGACUUGGCAGAGUUUCAGAUGAUUCGUUCAAAUGUUUAAGGCUUGUCAGCACUGAGUCACAGCUGAUGUAGAAGUAAGAGUUUCAACUGUGAGUCAUGCUGUGAAAUGAUCAGUCAGCACGCUCAGUGAUCAUAAUCAGAUCAGAAAGACCAACCACAAAACCACCAUUACUGUCUCCAGGGUCAAGAAGCGUGUAAAUGUGUCUUCUGUCGAUGAGUCAGUGAUGUGGUAUUCUUGAUUUUCUGAUUCUUAUCACAUCACUGUGGAAGCUCGCCAGAUAUUGAGUGAUGAUUAAGAUGAUAAGUCAACAUUAUGAGACAGCAAGAGGUGAUUAUUGAAUGAAAAGUGGAAAUGAUGACCAAGUGGUCAAAAUUGUUGGAGGAAAAAUUCAAAAUUGUGGUAAAAUGAGUUAUGAGAAAGAGUCAAAACGUGCUGAAAGUCAAAAUUUUGAUAAAGUUUCUCGUAAUAAUGAGAUAAUGAGUCAAAAUUCUGAGCGUAGGUCAUACUUGUGCUACAAAAAAUUAAAAUUAUCUAAAGAUGGGUCCUAAACAUACAUUUCCUGAUUUUAAAUCCCUUUUAAAAACACACUUUUACUCCUUGGCUUUUGAUACUUUUUAGUGUUACUUUGUUUUUUAUCAUUUUAGCACCUGCCGUGAGCCUGCUUAUUUAUUUUACUUAUUUAUCCCCUUGCAUUAAUGUAUUUCUGCUCACUUCAUCUUGCUCUUUGUGUUAUUUGUUUUAUGUAUCAUUGUACAGCACUUUGACUACCCUUGUGGUUAUUUUAAAAUGUGCUAUAGAAAUAAAGUUGAUUGAUUGAUUGAUUGAAGGUCACAGUUUUGAGAUGGUAAGUCAUAAUUAUGAGCUAAAAAGUCAAAAUUAUUUAAAAAGUAAGUCAUGUUUAUGUUAAAAUUGUAAUUUAGUGAUAAUAAUGAUACAGAAAGUCAGAAUUGUGAUGAAGUUAUUCAUAAUUAUGGAACAAUAAAUCAUAGAAAUGAGAUUAAAAGUUAAAAUUAUGUGGUGUAAGUCGAAAUUCUGUGUUAGAAAUUCAGAAUCAAAAGAUAGUUAGCAUUAUGAGAAGCAGCAAAAAUCAUAACCUAGUUAUUGAUUGUUUUGAGGAAUAAGUAAAUUGUAAGAUUAAGUCAAAAUUAUUAGAUAGUUACUUAUAGUUGUGAGCAAUUAGGAAAGAAAAGUUGAAAUUAUGAGGUGGAAGACAAACUGAGGUGAAAGUCAUUUUGACUUUUUAUCUCAUAAAUAUGACUUUCUAUCAUAAUUUUGACUUUUUAUCUAAUAUGACAUUGCCACAAAUGUCUUCUUGAAAUCUCAUUAUUAUGAUCUAUUAUCUCACUGGUCUCAUACUUUGACUUAUUAUCUCAUUAUUGUGUUUUUUUUCCUUUUAAAAACAGGUGGAAAUGUCCCUUUUUACAUGCUUGAUAGCUUCUCGUCAGACAGAUAAUAUAACGUACAUAAUGAUCCAUAAAUUGCAAAGAUUUUCAGUUAAAUAUCUGUAUAAAGAUCCAGUAACAGAAUUACCAGUACAUAUUGAAGAAGCUGUAUUGUCAUUAAGCAGAGUUAACCAUACAGGGAGAGUGUGGUCCUCUGGAUUGCAAAACAAAACAUCAUCGUGGUUGACAUUGUCUAAAAUGAAGAUGGUAUUGUUUUGUGAAGAUGGUAUUGUUUUCUGAAGAAAACAUCAGAUUGUGAUGAAACUCGUCAUUUACCGCCAGAGUGAAAUAAUCAUCCAUUUCAAGCGCGUGUGAGUCCGACAGUCUUUGUAGUUGACUGCUGAAAGGCCUCUGCAGCUCGAACGUCACACUCCUAAUCUGGCUGUAAUGAUGAAGAGAGUUUAUAAUGAGGAGAGAACUGCUCUUGAUUGCUUUCAGAGCUUUGUGAUAAGUGUCUUUCUGCCUCUACGUGUCAUUUUUGUCUGUACUUAGUUAAGUCGCUCUCUCAAGCACCCUCCACCGUUAAUCCUCUGCAUUCCUGUGACAGUGAAAUCUCUCGGCUCCCUCCUCCAGCUGCCGUCUGCCAAGCCUCUGAAUUCUCCUGGAGAGAGAGCGAGAGAUCCAAAAGUUUGCAUUUCAGAGACUUUUUAAUGAUGUGGCAAAAACAAGAAGAGUGCUCUGCUUGUCUUUGUCACAAAAAUAGACUCUGAAUCUUUUUCUUCUUCUUUUUAUUAGGGGAUAAAAGUCGAGGAAGACCUUUAACCUCAGGUGGAAGAAGAGGAGCCUCUACAGAGGUAAGAGAGCCUUUAUAGAGGAGUGAGUGGUUGCCAUAACUACCUGAUUCGGGUGAUAAAUCCUGAAGAUGUGUUGGAGGGAGAAGUGUUUCUAUGUUUUUGCCACUAAGCUUUGCAAAACCCAGAGUUCGUCAUGUUGACAUGUGUGACACUUGCAAGGGAAGUUCUAUUUACGGGGGUCUCGAAUAGCUUCAACAUGCGUGUGUGGGGCGUCAUGUGCUCAAAGCAGCGAUCAUGUGUCGUCAUUUUUCUGUGAAAGGAAUCCCCCGCUCGACACUGUGGAUCAAUGUGUUUGUUGUUGGAAGAAAAAGUGGUAAAUCCAGCGCUCCGGCAGGCUUCACCCCCAUGAAAAAGCCUCCGUCUGAAGGGCUUGUAAAUCAAAGCAAAAUGAAAGAGGAGUGGAGCCUCCGAGGAUGGUGUCAGAGAGAGUCUUCCUCGCCGAAGGAGAUAAUUCCCGACUAAAGUAGAAACAUGUGAGAGGGGAGAGAGCAGUGGCUGUGGUCUGGAGUUGAGAGGAGCUGCAAACUGUACAGGGAGGCUUCAUUUUCUCACUAUCGCAGAUCUGUGUCGAAUUAGCAACCAGAAGAUUCAUCAGCUUCACUUGUUUUUGCAAGACGAAGAAAGAGACGAAGAGAAACAGAAAUAAAAAGCCUUAUAUGUCAUUAUUUUAUUGGACCACAAAACUAAAAAAAACAACAUUCAGGCAUGAACGCAACAAUGCAAAAACAUGCAAUCAAGGAAUAAUGAAUUGUGCAUGUCAGAUAAUGUUUAUUGCACAUAAACAUGUAUAGCACAAGUAACUCUGUGAUUAGUGCAGAUGAGAAGCCGAAUACUCGCUGGUGGAAAUCUUUCAGAGUUCUGUCUUGGCUGCUCGGCAAUAUUUGUACAGAAGAGAGUGAGUCAGAUAUGAGGCCGUGAACUUUUUUUCAACUUUAGUGUAAGAAAAUGAAAAUAGUGAAUCAUGGCGGCGAUAGGGAGUUACAUAACUGGCCCCGGGCAGAGCGAUGGAGUACACAAGGAGACACUCAAAUCCAAGAUUAGUGGAGGUAUGAGCUUCUCCUGCAAAAAACAAAAACUGAACGACUCUAUGCAGAUUCAUAUCGACUUCUUUCUUAUAGCUUGUUUCAAUACUUUUCAUGUUUUAAUGCACACACUUAAGUCUGGGCUGUUUGCUGUAUUGAAAUGGGAUGUUAGGAUGAGAAAACACUGAAAACCAUCAAAACAUUAAACACAGCUGAACACAGGUGAGUGCAGAGUGUGGCUAACACCAGCAGAGCUAGCACCACUCCUAACAGGUUGAUGUCCACAUGCUUGUGCUGGUUACUCAUUUAUCUGUUAAAUUAGCCUCCAUACAACUUAAUCUCCAUUUUCUAGAUGGAAACAUGUCUUCAGCUCCUGUGCAUCUGACUAGAGUUUUGUAGCACUGCUACCAAUUGCCAGAAGUACAGACGUAUUUACUGCGUCUAUCUUGGAGAGGAGGAAACUUCUGGGGAUGAUUCAGCUCCUGGUAAAAGCCUCAUAAAAGAUAAACUUCAAAGAAAUCCUGACCUCAAAAAACAAGCUGAAUUUCAACAAACAAGUUGGAGGCAGCUCAGCCUGCAGCCCCUCACGACAUCCUGUGUCUCCUGGAGGAGGAGGACUUCUGAGAAACACAAUUAGGAGAGGGGGUCGUGAAAAGUCAGCUUCUAGUAAAAAACUGUGCAUGAUGAGCACUGAAGAGUCAUGAGAGUCCUCUUACUUCACCAUCGUUGACUUUAAGGUCUUUUAACCCUGAAACUUUGACUUGAUUGUGAUAGGAAAUUACUCUGCACAGACAUAUUGUGAGCACAACACCAAAACUAAAAUGGCUCCGGAGUGCUCCAGAAGAACCAGACAGACGAGUUUUUGACUAUCAAAAAGUGUUUUGAUGAGGUUCAGUGUCGGAGUAAACCCUGUUUUGCUCUGCACUCUCAUUGUUGAAGCAGUCCAAGGUGAAGGACUUGGCACAACUGGGCUAAAGAUAUAAAACAACCUGUGUUUUCUUUUCUCCUUCAGUGCUGGGACAUAAUAAAGACAUUUGUGUUGUUUUUGCAGCCAACAGCAGAGCAGUGGUGUGUCUGUCUCUGACCUCUGACAUCUUGACUCUGCAGCACCAGGUGGGUGUGGCUGGCCCAUCUAGAUGAAAUAAUUAAGAAACAAGAAACAGGGGCAAGAAACAGUAGGUGUUAAUUGUCUUAGAGCUACACAUAUAAACAUGACUAGACUCAAAAUCAGGGCUUGCAAACAUUACUGAGCAACUUGCUUUAAUUCUGGAGAAACACGGCGUCAGUUCAGGAUUUACUUCACAGCACUGCAGCUCUUUGAACCACAGCACAGAGCUUCAUCUUUUGAACCAGUGCCUGUUUUUAACGUCUGGCUUCUACUCAGCAGUCUGCUGCUGCAGUGCUGCAUCAUAUUUAAAACUCAGUGAGGGUGUGUGUGUGUGUGUGAACCCACUGCAGCAGACCACCUGAGCCCCUAUAUGUGGAUGUAACCCGAUCUCCUGAGGGCAGGGACAAGACUAUUGAUUUUACAUUUGGACUGAUGCCCUGCGGGGAAGCUGACACAUCCUCACCGGGUUUGUGAGCGAAGAAGGGAAAGUAGAGGGAAGAUUUCAGCAAGAAGGAGGUAGAAAAAAGAAGAGAUUAAGACUGAGAAGCACACUUGCAGACUUUUCUGUGUUUUAUUUGCUUCCAAUUUUUGGAUUAAAGAUUUGACCAAUUUAACCAGCACGGAUUAGUUUAACAUUUCGCUUUUCUUACCCUUAUGUUAUACACAUAUUAAAAGCAGCACAACUUUUUUUACGCAAUGCAAAUUCCAAGAAGUUGAAGCAGUGAUGCAAAUAAACACAAACUUGUACAAAAACACAACUCAGUCAAAUGUUUGCAACAGAACUUGAUCAAUAAAUCGCAUCCUACAGUCAAUAACGGUCUAAACUCCAGUUUAAGAAUAAGCUGUAAGUAAUUGUCUUCUUGUCUGGCACGAUAGGAAGUUGACUUUAAGAGAUUUGCAUCAUCAUUUAGAUAUUUGGGCAUCAUGUGAACAUGUAAAAGAGGGACCAAAGACCAAAGUCAAAGCUGCCAGCAAUAGAGAGCGAGCAUCGAUGGUUUAGUUGCGUAGAGAUAAAGUCAUGAAAAGAAAGCAGUGAAACAAGUUAAGAUGUUAUUUAUCAGCUUGUUAAGAUUUGGCGUCUUGUUCAAUGACUUUUUUCUGAGCAUGUCCUGUUAAUAGAGUGGUAAUAAAAGACAAACGAUACUGAGGAGUCCAACUUCUAUUGCCAUGGUAUCAAAUCAAAACACUCUGAUCUGAGCUGUACUUGACUCACUUCAAGGUCUUCAAAUUGGUCACUGAUCGAGCUCAAGCAGCUGGAAAGUUAGUAGUUUGUCCAGGUAUGUUCGCAGAUAAGGAGGUGAAGUUCAUCAUGGUGUGUGUGUACCCUCCCUUCUGAAUCCAUUUGUUUCACAACAUAUGAUCUGUGUCGGCAAAUAUCUGUAGUAUCAUACCUCCCCCGUUUAAACCAUGAGUGUCAUUGGUUGGUUAGCCCACUCCCCAUUUUCUUUUUCUCAUUUUUUAAAAAUCCUUUCUUCUUCCUUUUUUUUCAAGAAUGAAUUCCCUUUUUUUAAGAACAGAAAACAGGACAUAUGUGUGUCUUAUUUGUGUGAAAUCAGCUUGACAUGAGAUACGAGAAAACGGUGGAAAUCAAUCAGCUGCUCUGUGGUUAUACGAGGAAGCAGAUGGACAUCCUACAUGCAGGGAGGUGGAAACAUCACAUCAAUAUGUUGCUUUAUACUCAGGGUCCAGGCCAAGUUACACUGACGUCUUGUGAUUGCUGCAUGCCACUCUCUAGGAUGCAUGUGCAUGUGUGUUGCCGUGGUGAUGCAGGAGAGCUGAGUUUUUUGGCUCGCUCUGACGUCGGUGCGCUCGCAUUACCGCCCACCAGUGACCGUGCAUUUUCACACUCAUCUCAGUUUCUCCUCUCUCGGUUUCCUCCCUCUUUGCUCCCUCUCCAUCUGUCCGCCUCUGACAUCCUCCCCAUCUUUCUCCCCCCCUCUGUCCCCCGUCUCUUUCCUUGCCCCUCCUUCCUAAUUGGCUGUAUAAGCCGGAGCGGCUCGCGGUGUCACGCUGUGCUCCACUGAGCUUGUAUGUGUGUGAGUUCCUGCUCUGUUUGCAGGCUGUUCUCCGCACUUGACUAAUGACACUGUAGCUGUUGUAUUGGCCAUCGGGUCCUCUCUUUUAUUCACUACCUAAUAGCCGGCCCCCUCCCUCCAUUAUUGCAGUUAUCCAUCAUUCCCUCUAUCAAUCCCUCGCUUCCUAGUUGGCCUGUUGCCUGUGUCAUCACCCUCUGCCUGUCAGCCCCUCCUCUUUAUGCCUCCCUCUGCUUUUUUUAUGUAAUUUGUUUUCAUUUUAAUUCUGUGGAGCUACAUUUUCUAGGUUGGCAUGUUUCUAGAUGGAGAGCAAAUAUUUCACACUAUAAAAAAAAUCGCAUUAAUUCAAGCAACAAAGAACCACAUUUCCGUGGUAGAGAUGUCGUCGUCUGGAGGAGAUAGUAAAGCGGUUAUCUUUUUCCAUUUCUUGGAUGUUUGAUAACUCCUUCAUGGCCAGACUGGCAGCAGUGCUAUUUUCAAUUUACUGCUGCGCUCAGUCAUGUGUGUGUCACUAUUUUAAAAUUGGCAGCUUGAUAUUGGAAAAAGAUGAUAGAUGAUUAUUUGGAUUCUGUUUCUGAAUUAUUUUCCAAACUGUUACAAUUUUUGAAAAUAAAAAACAAGAUCAUAAAAGAAUGGGUGAUGUUCAAAAAUGGAAAAUGCUUAAACAUUACUGAUAAAUGAAAAAUUACUCAAUAGUAAAUGGAGCAAAGACAACAUAUCAAAUGUUAAAACGGAACUUUUUCAUUGUAAGCUAGCGAAUACUCGUUUUUUUAUUUGACUCAUCUGAAAAAGUUGGGACUGGUAUUUCAGAAUACUGAAAAAAUCAGGUAAUGCUAAAAACACCCAGAGGAGCGUCUCUUAUCUAAUAUGGUUAAUUUACAUCAGGUUAGUUACAUGAUUGGGUACAACAAGGACAUUCAGAGAGGCUUAAGGUCCUUUCACACCAGAAGCGGUUUUUUUUUUGCGAUUAUUUCGGAUGUCAAUAUUUUUUUCCGAACCCGUAUCCUGUCAAUACAAGCGUUCACAUCUGCGAUAUUACGGCAUUUAUUUUUUCGUAUCACGGUCGAUUUUUCUAAAGUUUUGCAUACUGUGUGUCCCCUUCUGACCAAUCAGAUUGUGUGUUGUUGUGGCGUCAGAUAUACUGGUAUAUCCAACAUGGCCGACCGGCUGAUUGUUUACAUGUCGGAGAACAGAGUGCUUUUUGAUAAAAGACACAAAUAUUACAAAGAUAACAACCUGAAGGACAACUUGUGGAGAGUCAUAGCAUCAGAUUUCUCAUAUGACGAUGGUUUGUGUGAUUUAACAGUUUGCUAAACGUCUUUGUUUUAACUUUCAUCUGUGCUAAGUAACUUUAGCUCGUAAGCUAACGUGUUUAGAUACAACAUACCAUAUGUAUUUUCACUGUCUCAAACUCAAUCGUGUUGCUGUCACAGCACCAUUAGGUCUCGGUUGUUACCUUACGUUUAUGGAUUAUAGUCAUAGUUCCGAGAGGUACCACCCUGCUUCUUAUCAGCUCCCUGUUCAAAGCCAGCAUCCUUAAUGAUAUGGGAUCACCAGCGUCCAUGUCGUGGGUAUCUUCUACAUCUGGAAAGGCUUCAUUAAUGCUGAACAAUAUCUGCAGGUUUUGAAGCAACAUCUGCUGCCAUCCAGACAAAGAAGACCUUCAUAUUUCAGCAAGACAGUGACAAACCACAUUCUGCAGGGAUUACAACAGCAUGGCUCUGUCGUAGAGGAGUGAACAUUUAUUUUUCAUGAAACAAAUUCCUCAGUUUCAACAUUUCAAAUGUUGUCUUUGCACUAUUUUAUUAAAUAUGAGGUUUAAAUGACCAGAAAACCAUCCAGAUUUUCUCCAUUAAGGUUAACACAGCUUUCUGUCCUUCUGUAGAUUUGGACCAACUCAUUUCUUUAACCUUUAGAGCUGAACCCACCCUGAAUGUCCCAGUCACUACACAAACAUUGAGUGUUGUGUAAUUUUUAGAGGCAGACUUCAAUAGCCACGACAGGUCAGCUGAGGUUGGAGAGCCGCCCACACCCAGUUGGACUUUGAGUUGCUCUCUUGUUCGAAGAGUCAGUGUCCUGCAUACAGCUUCUUUCCAUAUUCCUCUGUCCACUUUCGACUUAGCGUGAUGUCUUUCUGAUGCAGUGACGCAGGUUUCUUCUCACUGGUUUGUAAGUGAAGGGUGUCGACCUGGAAAAAGCCAAGGCAGUGGGAAAAAGAAAGACGGGAUGGGGGCGGAAAUGAGCAAAUAACCACAGCCCGAGCUGAAAACGUAAGGCUGGAAAUAACCAUCAUUACGUGCUCCCCACAUUUACAAUUAGACUGUAUCUGUUUUCUAUCUGGAGGCUUUAAAAUAAAAGAUUUAAGAGCUGCAGUAUAAAUGCUUUGUUCAACCCUGACAGACGCUUCAUUUGCAAAGCCACAUAAAAGAUCAUAAGAGGAGCUGGUGGUCUGAAAAAGCCUCACUGUGACACAGGAUGUUAUUAUGAUAUCUCGACACUUGUCAUUGUUGUCUGUGUGUGUUUUAUGGUCGGGUUUACAGGCAAUACAGGCUGUGCUGACAAUCAGACACAUGUAUGUGUAAGCGGUGAUUCACUGUCUGUCGGCUAAGUGCCCAGAUGAUUGGUUGUCAAGAGAGAAACAGAAAGAAAGAGGGUUUGGACUAGAGAGGUAUUUGUAAGUCAUUUCAAACAUAUACUUACCGCCCUGCUGAGCCUAAUAAUGAUAUUUAGCUUCUCAAACAAAAAUUAACCCAGCAGGCGCUCCUGCUCCUUCUCAAUAUACAUGAGAGUGUGGGUUGUAGCUGAGCUGACCCGCUGAAUGACUGUGUUUGGAGCUAUUUCUAGCCACAUUCAUGCUAAAUUUUUCAGUUGUUACCUCUGUUUGAGCUUUGUCGCUGUCUGCCCCCAGAGUCUCCUGUCAGCGUGAGCGUCUAUGUCCCACUUAACUCUCGUGAAUCUCCCCUGACUCUUCCUCAAGCUUCCCGUUGAACAGGUCCUGUCUUCAUGCCUCUUAAGAGUUUGAUUAAUGUCCAUGAUUGCCUUGCAGUUUUCUAAUCUUCGCGAUUUUGCCUCACUUUUUUGGAUGAUAGGAUGCGUUAAGGGAAUUUGUAUUCAGGCCAGAGUUGGCUGAUAUUUGCAUAAAGAUUAUAGUUGUAAAGAGGAAAGGGAAAAAGAUGAUUUUAUGUGAAGAUGGUGAAAGCCUAAUGUGUGCUUUCAUUGACUCACUAACAGACACAAUAUGAUUAAAUCCCAAAAUAGUCUUGAUGGAAACAUCCAGUCAAUGGGAGCAUCUGGCCCACAAUAGUGUUUACACAGUGAAGGUCAUACUCCCUGUCCCAGCCCUCCUGUUUCCUGUGUGACUGAGAUAUGAAAGGGUUUUUAUUUGUUACUCAAAUGUUCGGAGCUCUUCAUCAUUUGAAUAUGCGCUGGGAACAAGGCAGGUGCUGAAACAGUCUGCAAAUAGACCUGUAGUUUCAGGCUGUAUGGAUUCAAUUAGCAGUUUGUUUAUCCGCACGGAGGGUUAUUAAAUUCAGGCCAAUAAACGGGAUUCAAAAAUGCACAUGAAAUUUAUAAAAAAGAACAUUAAAGAGGAUUUCAAAUCGGCAUUUCCUCCGGGCUGAAUGCCAAAGUACACACUGAUUUAUGCACUCUGAGCUGAGUCCAUCAACAAUAGUUUCAAAUGAAAUAAAAACUAUAAAGUCUGAGGCAGUUUGGACCCUGUGUGAUUGCUCCAACACACCUGAUUCAAAUGAUCAGCUCGUUAUCAAGCUCUGUCAUGGCUUACUAACAAGCUAAUCAUUUGAAUCAGGUGUGUUGGAGCAGGGAAGCAUCCAGAACAUGCAGGACAGUGGGCCUCGAGGACUGGACUUGAGAACCACUGUUUUAUGGUAUUUCCUUUUCCUUAAACAUCAAACCUUGAUAAACUCCCACAGUCCCAUCCUUUGAGUUUUGUGCACAAGCUGAAGAACAUUAGUUUCUUAGAGGCUUUUCUGGUGGAACAAACACUUUGAAGUGGAUUCAAUCAACCCUGUAGAGGAGAAAUGAAUCCAAGAGUGAAAUUGACUGAAACCAAUUUAUUUGGAGUGGACGUGAAUCACUCCUGUAAGAGGUGAUAAUCUAAGGGAAUGGUGAAAAUGUCACCUAUUUUACCAAAACAAUUUAAAUUGGCAGACUCCCUGUUAGUGUAACAAUAAUGACAUGAUAUGCUGCAGACAAACCUCCGUGGCGCAUACUGCCUCUAUUCGAAGGCUAGCUAGCCUUGCUAGCUAACAAUAGCUGCCGUGUUUACGAUGGAGCCCUCCCCAUGGUUCAGAUACUAGCCUCCUCUGCAGCGAAGGGUUUGCUGAUAUCGGUGCAGCAGACCCGCUGGUUAUUUUUAUUUGCCACGGGUAACGCUUCGGAACCUGGCGGCUACUAGCUAACUGACUAACUAGCUAACUAGCACCUAGCUAGACACCAUUCGCAGUAAAAGACAAACAGGUUACCCAUGGGCAUACUCCCCAUACCUUUUUCCAUUUUGAGUUGAGUUUACUCAAAAUUUUAAGUAUUAAGUACUGAAAGUGUGCGAUUUGGAACACACCAUAAGAGACUUUUGUAGAUCUAAGCAUGAUUGACAUCCCCAGCAAAUUUCAGAAUCUUACGUUGAAUUUGCUGCAGUGUAGGAGGCUCCAUUGAGUCAUUUGGCCAUGCCCCUGCACAGGACCCAUAUUAAUCAUCUUGUUUCUUCCUUAUGCUUAUGAGCACAAAAAUAAGUGUCUUCUUAUAGUUAUGAUUAUUAUGAUCAUAAUAAUGAAAAAUAUGCAGAAACGAGUUGAAAAACACAACUACAGAUGAAGAUAAAAACAAUAAAUAGAAAAUAUGCAUGCUUAGAAUAAGACAAAGAGGCACAUAAAAGAUUAAGAUAAUUGACUGAGGUGUUCAAAUUCACUUAUAUCUUCUCCAAUGAGGCUCUACGCCCUGAAUCAUGUCUUAUUCAGUAUUUUAUUUAUUUUGUUGUAUUUCACCGGACUAGUAUGACUAGUAUUUUUUUCCCUCCGGGGAUUAAUUAAGUCAUCUAUCAAUUUAUUUAUCUAUGUAGGACCUGAAAGACACUGGUGACCACUUAGGUAAUGAGAGAAGCUUAAAUUUGUGGCUGUCUAUUUCUUACUCAGAUAAAUGUGAACAAAACAACAUAAGUCUUUCCCAGCCGUGGAGGCCCAAUCUGAUCUAUGAUGUCAUGCUGCACUUACCCUGAGUGUUUCUGUCACACCCAAACACUGCUGUGCCUUUUUCAAGUAGAGAGGACUCGGCUGAACUCUUUUCCUAGAGUUUGUAUCGUUAUUACAAACCCAGGAGAAUUAAUAUGUUAUAGAUUUGCUUCAGAUGUCACCCUCAAGAGAAUGUAGAGAAUCGAAAGAGUUGAUAGCCUGUUGGAGCAGCGCACUUGUUUGUCACUGUUGGUGAGAAAAUAGCUCACAGGCAGCAUCAGUCAUUCAAGAAGUGUGACCUAACAUGUGACAAGAAGUCGAACCAAUACUGCUGUGUUUUCUUGCCUUAAGUCAAGGUUUUCUGUCUUGUUUUUUACUUUCCUUUUUGGAGCUAAACAACUUUGUUUUCUGUGAGCGCUUUAGUACAACUGUUGCCAGCAAAUAUGCAUCCAGAUUUUUAUAAAUAUUCAUUGCUCUUGUUUGUUUUUUGCAUUCGAAGAAAAAAGACGAGUGUUGAUGCAAGAAUGUAACCAAUUAAGACAGAAAAAAUGUUUAAAGUUUAAAAAAGAUGUUUUCCUGUUCAAGAGAGACUCUACAUCAGGUCUUCAUAUCACUCUCUUUCCAAUCCUCCUGACACACUCUGAUUUGAUCCGACUUAUUCUAAAGAUAGACUCGUCCUCCUCCUCUUUCUCUAGCUCUUCAUCCUCCUCUGCACCGGAUGUUUGCUUCACUUUCUCUCAGAUUCAGAGAGAUUCUUCUUCCCAGAACUACAUUUCUCAUCUUCCCUCUUUGUGUCAGAACUGUGACACACAAAAAAAAAAGGCUGCAGAGCGAGACACCACUGGGAGGCACCUUUGACCUUUAACCUCUCACCCUCGGACCUCUGAGCCGCCCAGCAGCCGCAGGAGACAGAUGAGAGCUGGUCAUGCUCUGACAACAGAGAGGGACCGUGCAGAAUCAGAGGGGGCGAAAAGGCCACGGCUGUAGUUGGGUUUGCGAUGAUGCCUGUAGGAGUGUGUUUGCACAUACACACACUUUCACUCACACACACACACUCUGAUUCUGUCUCAGGUCAUGCUCCAUAAGCUUAAAAGCAGGGCCUCAGGUGGUAAUUCACUUAAACCUGCAGCAUCAUCUGCAGCUGAGGCAGUGAUUCCAUUACAAUGACAGCAGCUGAGCUAUUUUCAAAGUGCUGCUUUUUUCCUCUUUGUGCAUCAUUUUGACUCUUUGUUCUUUUCUCCUUCCAGUUUGAUUAAACAUGCACCAAAAGCUUGUGCAUAUUUCUACGCGCUGCCUACCUGCAGAAGUGUUUAACUAUUGUGAGCACCCGCAGGCUCCUCGCUCUUUAAACACAGCUGUUAAUGUGUCCUGCAGUUUGGCUCCUUUCUCUCUGGCUUAUUUACAUAUGGAAGCACCUCCAGAGAGCAUUGGCAAACACAAUGGAGGCUCAUUUGAUUUGAGCCAUUUCCUCUUCCUCUGUCUGUCUGCAGACAGCCAUGAUGUCAGACCUCACAGCGGGGACAUAAAAGCUUUUUUCUAUUUUCAUUGGAGUCUGACCUGCAUGAUUUUUGGAGGUGAUAAAAAUGUAGUGAUUUUGUGUCUUAAAUAUCAGCACAUUUCUAAAGUGCAGUCAUAGUGCUGUUUUAUACCUCUGCUAUUGUCUCUGCUUGUUUGGGGAAUCAUGGGGACUGAUCACUAGGGCUUGGACAAUAUGCUUCUCUCACGAUUCGAUUCUUCUACGAUUUUUUGGAUGCCGAUUCGAUUGAAAAUUACGAUUCCACGAUACUGUAGUCUGCAUUUUUAAAACCAGUGAAACAGUUGAAUGAUUAUGAUUGUCUAAUGAAUAUUCCAGGAACCAUAUUUCCCCUAAAAAUACACGUCACAUGUAAGUCAGUUUUGAAGAUUUAAGGUCCUUUCACACCGGGACCGUUUUUGUCGUGCGAUUAUUUCAGAUGUCAAUAUUUUUUUUGAACCCGUAUCCUAAGUACCCGUAAGUGUUCACAUCAGCCGCGUUUUCCCGUUCUACGAUAUUGCGGUAUUUAUUUUUUCGGAUCAUGGUCAAUUUUUCCAAGGUUUCGCAUACUGUGUGUCCACUUCUGACCAAUCAGAUUGCGUGUUGUUGUGACAUCAGAUUCACUGGUAUAUUCAACAUGGCCGACAGGCUGAUUGUUUAUGAUUGUUUACACACAUAUUACAAAGAUAACAACCUGAAGGACAACUUGUGGAGAGUCAUAGCGUCAGAUUUCUGAUAUGACAAUGUUUUGUGUGCUUUAACAGUUUGCUAAAUGUCUUUGUUUUAACUUUACCUAUGCUAACAUAAGCUAACGGUUGUUACCAUAGUUUCAUGUGCUUAUCUGGUAUUGGCCCUGACUCAGUAUUUGCUAUCAUGACAGACAGCCAUCUCAACACUAGUGUCUAGUCCUCUGCCUCUUCAAACUUGGAGCUAAUUGUUUCAGCAGAACUUCAAAUUGUCCAACCGACAUCCGAAAAUAGGUUCUGAAGUGACCGUGGUACAGUUUCAGCUCCUGAACCAAGCAGUGAAACUCACCAAGUUCUCUUCUUUUUUGUAAUAUUGGAUGCACCCAUGCACUGUUUCUUUUUCUUUUGAGAAAGCAAAAGAAGUACCAAUUCAUCAUCACUUGAAGUUGAAGUAGACUCCAUUUUUGUCUUCUUGUUUCCACCUGGGACACUGUAGGAUAGUAAGGGAAGGUCCCGCCCUCCUUCGCCUCUGAUUGGCUUUAAGUGCUGACCGUUUGGCUUGAGCGUGUGAUGACGUUUCCAGCUUUCCAGCCAAUCAGAGGAGAAGGAGGCGGGACUGUUUCCCCCGGAAAGUUGCAAAAUCACAUUGGGCUUGAUGUGUAUAGUCAGCCGCGUCAAAAUUCGCUUCCCAAUAUUUUGUGUUUUCGCGUUCUAUAUUCGUGUCGGCCCCGGUGUGUAAGGACCUUUAUUCUUAAAUUUAAAGAAAAAAAAAAAAGAUUUUUUAAAAAAUGAAAAUCGAUUCAAAAAUUGCAAAACAAAAAUACUUAAGUGAAUCGAUUUUUUUCUCCCACCCCUGAUCACAGUUGAUUAUGUUGAAGUGAGAGCUGGAGGAGAUGGUAUGAAUGGCUGCUACAGAAUAUUAAGAAAGGGUCAGAGACUAAAUCUAGACUUUGUUUAGCACAGAAAUUUAUUACAUAUUAACCUCUAACCUUUCAUAGGAAACUCCUCGCUUCUGUCAAAAUAAACCCAGUUUCAUCCGAGGGUAUCUAAUCUGAAAAUGAUUCUUUGACAGCAUGUCUGUUUCAUGGGAAUGAUGGGAAACUAUCUUGAACUUCAGUCAUUUUCCUCUAACCACUGGGUCAUCCUAAAGGAAGCACUCGGCGCAUGAAGGACUGGAGAGGAAAGGUCUCCCUCCUCCCACCCUCAAGCCCCCCUGUCUCCCUCCUCUCGUCCCCAAUAAGUGGCACAAAGGACAGCUGGAGUUUCCUGAUGAGAAACAGGCCAUGAGGGAAAUUAGGAAUUCUGCACAUCCUGGCCAUUUCCUGUUCCGACUCCCACACACACGCUGUAUAUGAGUGCACGGAUACGAUCUUCCACACACAAAUAUACACUCCUGUUAAGCUGUUAUGGUUUGCAUACUGCAGACUCCAUCUUUUCCUGACGAGAUGACACGACCCUGAUCUUCGUUGUGUGUUUGACAUGCAUGCAAAAUAGGAAGUGAUCUGUCAACAACAUCAUAAUGCACACACGUACACAAACACAGAGAAAAAAGGCCGGAAUAGGAUAGAUUGUGGGAGUGUAAUUUGUGCGUAUAGUGACUUAGGGAGGAGUGCAUGAGUGCUGUCUGGAAUGUGAUGAGAAACAAGCGCCCCUCUGCUGCUCUGAGAGUGUGUGUUUGUCUUCAGCUGACCGAUUUUCAAUGGUGUUGCUAUCAUAUUCCUGUUUGCUUUGCCAAACGCUGUCUGCAGCUUUUAUUGCCUUUUCACCCUCUGACUGUUUUAUUACCUGCGUUUUUUUCACCUCCUAAUAAUAAAGCACGAGUUUCAAAAUGCUCUGGAGGACGCUGUGUAGGGCUUAAGCACACAGAAAGACUCACGCACGGGUUGUAGGUUUUGCAGGAUCAAAAGAAAAGGGUGCUCGGAGGGGUUAAUCCUGGUUUGGUACAGUCCUCGCCGGUGACUGACACCGUGCAGCGUGGUUGACGGGAAGGAAUGACACCAUGUGAAAACAUCAAUGGGAUUACCAUGGACUACCCCAUAUGAGGGGCCGUGUAGGGGGGUUGGACUUGGCUAAACCAGAGGCACCUUUGAGGAUAAAUAACAUAUCAUGUGUACUCUACUGUAUGCUUUAGUUUUUGCAGAAUCCAUGAUUAAAGUUCAUAAGGUGCAAUGUUUGCUCUGUGUUUCAGCAGGCCUUGUUUGCUCCUGCAUCAGACUUCUUAUUUUACCUUUUAAACUUACUGAUUGUCCCUUUAGUGACCGGCUGUUUUCACGAGUGUUUGACAAAGUAACAUUACACAACCAAGAGUCUGACUUCUUAACUGACCUAGAAAAGAUGUCUGAACAACAGAAGCAAACAUUUCUUUUUACCUUGUUUUGGUAGUGUCUGUAUGUGUGUGACUGUGAGAGGAUGUUGACUGUACGGGGACCAGCUGCUGAUUGGUUAAUGAGCCGAGUCUGCAGGACCAAUCAGGUAUAGGCGAUGGUACAGCUUCGGGGGCAGAGACUCAUGUUCGUCAGAUUCUUAGUCAGGAAUUUUGUGUUUGUAUUUAUGUGUGGAGGUGAUUAAAUUGUAAAUCUUUCUUUUUGGAUUUUUUAGGGAUAGGGGAUGGGAUUUUUUCCCCAUCACUGUCACUUUAACUGCUGUUUUUAGCUAACACAGCAAGUGACAUUUUUCCACUCUAGUUUAGAGUCGCCUAUUGUUGUACCAGAAUUUUAUGCAGCCGCGCCCACGCUCUGGCUGUGUACUACCGUUGCCCGUCAACCCUGUUUUGUUAGUGUCAAUGUGUGUGUGACUGUGAGAGGAUGUUGACUGUACGGGGACCAGCUGCUGAUUGGUUAAUGAGCUGACAUGAAGAGCAGGAGAGAAUAAGUGUUCACUGCCAAGCUAAGAAACAGUAAUACAUGGAUAUGAAGCAAUAUUAGGAAGAUAAAACAUGUUUUAAAGUGGCAGUGUUCCCUGAUUUAAAGUCUUUUAAGAGAAAGUUGAAAUCAUUUAUUGAGGAGAUCUCAGUUUACUUAGUAGAUGAUCUGCUUCAUGUGCAACCGACAAUGCUGAGAGUAUUGUUAAUUAUGGGAUCAGAGUGCCCUCUGCUGGUCAAGCUUUGCAGAGAAGAACAUGCAAAAACCUGUCUGCAUACUGUUUUCUGCAUGAUUGUGGUGUUUUAAGAAAUUUAACGAGAUUGUUCUGGGAUUACAUUACAGUUUAUUGUUCAGAGCAGAGAAGUGAAAGUUGAGGAUGUCAGACUGACUUAAGAUUUAAUAUGCGGAUGUUAGAUGUGACAGAAUGGUUGUUAAAGCAUGUGCUGCUUUGAAAUGAAGUCAGGCCGCAGAUACCAGUGCCCAGCCCUCACCAAGAACACGUCCAGGCGGUCGUUUGUACCACAUGUGAUUUUACAAUUGAACAAACUAAAGUAGAUAGUGGGCAGCUUUGUUCUUUAUUUUUUAUUUUUAGAUACUGGUUCAGCUGGUCUGAGCACAGAAACAUUAUUUCAAGACUAUUUAUUGAAAUACUUUUUUGAAUUGACAAAGCACAGUACAGUAGUAUCUCUAUAUUGUCUUUUUGAGUUGUUUUGUUUUGUUUUGUUUUAUAUGGGACAGUGUAUGGAAAUGUGUAUGUGUGCUGUCUUUGUGCAUGUCUUUAACUUACUGCAAGUGAAUUUCCUCACGGGGACAAUCAAUUCAACCUACCUACCUACCUAUCACUGCAUUUACAGACAUUACUGACCAACUAGCCAUUAAAAAGUUGGCACCACAACAGCUGUUUAGCCUCACACAAAUGCUCCCGUAUGUAAUCUGAGGUGGCUCAAGGAACAUUUCAGGAGCAUAUGUGAGGAAAACGGUCACAACUUUGAGCAGUGUAACCCAAAUCUAAAUGUAGUAUAUGUAAGUAAGGGUAAAUUACCCAAUAGAGUAACAAAAAGAUGGAAUAUGUAAAGUAUGAAAUUAAUUAGGACAUUUCUAAUGUUGAGAAGAUGGUAAAAUUCAAGAACUGUUUGUAAAAGAUCUGGUAACUUUUUAACAACUUGACUUUCUGUCUUGUGUAAGGCAUCAUAACACUAGAGUUUUUAGUCCACCUUCACCAGUUCUGCUGCAUUUCCAGACAUGAUAUGUUGGUUUUAAGUCGCCCAGCGUCACAGCUGCAGAUCCUCCACUCCCCUCUGCGUCCAGUAGAGGGCACCCUGUCAUCACCUUUGACAGGGCACAGCUGGGCUCUCCUCCUCCUCCUCCUCUCCUCACUGUCCCAUUUAGCCGUUACCACCACUUGCUAGCCCUGCUCAGAGUGCUUUGACUGACAUCCUCUCCACUUGUUUGGUGAUUCACUGAAGUGUUAUUGAUCCCAAAGGUGAUCAAUACGUGGAUUUAAAGCCUCCUGCUUCUCAUCAGCAUCUAUGUUUUUUGGAUGCUGGAGGCACUGGGUGUGUCAGCAGAGCGUACGAAGCACUACAGGGCACUCAGAUGAUUUCAAUGCACGGAGCGCCCGCUAGGGGUCCGUGAGCAGUUGUCAUGGUAACAAGUGUGAGGUUGGCAUGAGCUUGGAGGGUUUUUUUUCUCUCUCUCUUUUUAGAUCAUCUCUGCUAUGUGGGUGUGAUUUGAUAGUAUGUGUGUGUACACGUGAAUAACCAUCUGAUGUGCGGUUUCCUCUGCUUUUCCCCGCAUGUGUGUAAAGAUGGAGCAGGUAUCAGACGACGAGCUGGACCAUGGAGCUGAGGAGGACAGCGAUAAGGAGGACCAGGACCUGGAUAAGAUGUUUGGAGCCUGGCUGGGAGAGCUGGACAAACUCACACAGGUCAAACAUGCACAAACACAACCGCACACACACACAUGCAGGAAGAGUGUGUGUGUGUGGACUGUCACACUGACUCACACAGGUAGAAAAAGCACACAUAGAGGAAGGGGCUGUCUCCAUGGCAACCUUUACACUGCUAAUCCCAUCUCCCUAUACUGUAUCCUAGCAACUCCCCUCCUACCACCACCACUUCAAAGUGUGUGUACGUGUGUGUGUGAGUGUGUGACGGAGGAAUCUAGCAGACAUGGUCGCUCAGAUCCUGUGUAUAUCACUGUGAUGUUCGAGUGUGUGUUUUUGCAUCUUAUUUAUUUUCGUAUCCUGCAGAGUCUGGAUGACGGCAGGCCGCAGAAAGCUCUGCAGAAGCCCCCCCUCAGGCAGGAGACGAACAUGGCCAACUUCUCCUACCGCUUCUCCAUGUACAACAUCAACGGUGAGACGUCAGUCAGUCAGCAAAUCCAACGCUGAUAAAACCCAGAAAGAGACGCGAAUCACUUUUUUAAACAAAUAAAACAAAAGCGCAAAAAUGUCACAAAAGACACGAUGAAACCCCCUCCUCCUUACUCCUCUUUCUUUCUUUCUUCGCAUCUUUGCUCUCUGCAGAGGCGUUGAACCAGGGCGACACGGUGGACCUGGACGCCCUCAUGGCUGAUCUGUGCUCUAUCGAACAGGAGCUCAGCACCAUCUCCAAACCGAACUCUCGCGGUCAGAACAAAGGCUCGCACCGGGGCCCCGGAGGUCGGAGUGCCAGCGCCAAACACACGGGCACCAGUGGAGGGGGAAGCAGUGGAGGUAAUCCUGCAAAAAGAUGUGCAUUUAUAACGAUUUAAACAAACAUUAAAACAAAAACUCUAGUGAGAAAAAAAAGAUAUGAAUCAUUUAAGAUUUUAUUCUACCCAUGAUGACUAAAGAUGUAUAAUUCUCUCUUGUUCGGUGAAGUUUAGACCGUUUAGAAACACUCAAAGUAUUAAAAUUUUGAACACUUCAACAGGAAGCGCCAGCAGCAGCACCAGAGCGUCCCCAGCCAACACGGUCCGAGGUGGCAGCAUCAACACCCGACCCGCCGCUUCCAACAUCUCCCUGGACGACAUCACCUCCCAGCUGGAGAGGGCCUCCCUCAGCAUGGACGAAGCUGCACGUCAGACCUCCUCUUCGUCCUCAUCUUCCUCUUCUUCCUUCUCCUCCACCACGAUGCGAAGACCGUCGUCCGGUUCGACGGGUGGCGGGCAGCACAGGAGGACCGGCUCUGUGGGCGCUGUCAGCGAACAGGACGCGCCCUCCCAGCGGUCCAGUGUCAACUCGGCGUGUGCCUCGGCGUCCAGCAUGGACUCGCUGGACAUCGAUAAAGUGAUGACAAGCGGAGAAGGGGAGGGGCAGAGCAGCCCGGGCUCACAGGGACAGAACCAGACCAGCACAGAGGUAUGACGGACACGACACGAACAAUAAAUAAGAGGAAGACGUUAUUAAAAGAUGAAGGAUAAGGGUGUGUAUGUCAGAGUGUGCGUUAACUUCCUGUAUUUCCAAGGAACUUACGACCGAACCCUCUGACCUGACCUCAAUCCGGCUCUGAUCCUGCAUGUUUAACCACACAGCAUGCUGUUUUCAAGAAAAACCGCAUGCCCGAAGUGUGUUUACAGUCGAUCCACGUACAAUACGUCCUGUGUGUUGUGCUCUGGAUUGCGUGUCAUGUUUACAUUUUAGUCCAUAACACCCCUGAAUGUGGGUCAUAAUGUAAACAUGCACCGUUUCUGCGUGCCUCAGCUCACUCACAAAGCAUGUCGGCUCUCCACCGCGAGCAAAACUCUCUCUAAAAGUACAUCCAAGAGGUCAGAAACCGAAGCGAAUUCGUUUAAGAUCGACCGAUUUAUGAUGAGAUGAUAUGAAGGUUAAAAUAGCCGACACGAUUUCUUGCAUGUCCCCUGUCCCCCUGCAUGUCAUCACGGUUUCUGUGUUUGCAUCCUUUCCUAUAACUCGUGGUUCUUGUCCACACACACCCCUGUGUCUGCACCCCUCCUCCCCCCCAGCAUGUCACACUACGACGGGUCAACGGUAAGGCAGCCAGGCGGCAGCUUGACUUCACCUCACGAGAGGGUGAAGUGGAUCGGGCCACUGUAAGUGCAUGAGUGUGAGCUUGCAUGAGUGUGUGCAUGUGUUAACUAAUUGAUAGUAAGGGUUGCAGAUUAAAGGGUCAUUCUGUAUCUUAAUAUGGGGCUCAAAAAUGGAUGACUAGAUCACAAAACCAGAAAACUGUGAAGUAAAAGCACCAAAAAUGCUUGUUUGUGCCACUUCAAGACUUGGACUACUGUAAGGUGACCACACAUCCUCUUUUACACGGACAUGUCCUCUUUUUUGGGGGGCUUGUCUAGCUUAUAAUAUCCUUCAAAUGUGCGCAGUUUUGUACCGAAGUUUCGAUUUUGUGUCACAUGGACUUACUGAGUAAAAAGCACGUAAAAGACACUCGAUCCGGCCCGAAAAACUCUCAAAAUUAACUUUGUGGGACUCCGUGACUCCGCCCCUGUGUAAUCGUGUCUUCUUUUUGGGAAGUCAGAAUAUGGUCACCCUAACAACUGUUUACUGAGAGGGUCUCCACAGAGGUAGACCUUUUUGUCAAAGAGUAAGAUACCCUUUUGAAUCAGAAAUCAUCUCUUUCCAAACUUCUUGAAACCAUUGACAGAGGAGUUUCUUUCACUCACGCUGCCUUUCUCAGGAGAAAGUAUAUCAUAAAUGUAAGAAUGAAGGAUUUGACGCUACAAGCACAUAGAGCCAAAAAAACUUUGCAAUCUGGCACAGGAACUUUAAAUGCAUAUAGAGUGUUCAACCUGGAAAUCAAGGACCUCUGAAACAUGUUAACCGGAGUCUCUGGAUUAAAAGACCCCGUCUGGGCUCCCGAGUGAGCAGAUGGCAUCCAGGGUGAGCCUGGGUUGCCAGGACUCAGGGCUGAACCCUCUGGAGGUGAUGUGGGGCCUCUCAGUGAAACACUGAAGAAGGAGUGCACCCACUUCAAAUGGAGUUUGGUUGCUGUAAAGAGGACUAUUCUGAUUCAACAAAAGGUUCUUACUCUUGAGAAUAGGAAGUCUCUUUCCAUAGAUGUCCUUCCCAGACACUUUACAGAAGAAUCAGAGCCUGUUUGUGACAAAAACAAGCACUUUUGGGCAACUGGGUGCAUUUGCUAGGGGAGAUUAAUUUGCACCUUUUUGAAACACUGUUUUGUAGAAAUGUAAGAGUACUUUGAUUUGCCUGUGUCACCUGGAGUUCAAUUACAUGGUCACAGGUUGCCGUCAUGUAACAAACAUGAAAAUAUGUAACUUCUGAACUGUUGUUUCUCAAUAAUUUCUCACACAAGACUUUAGCGAUCAUUCUCUGCAUGCACAUGUAAGCAUUAAUGUGUGUAUGAUGUGAAAGUGGGCGUGCAUGUUUGAUUAGAGUAGCUGCAGGUAGUAUUUUCACCAUGUCUCGGUCACAGCAGUGAUUUUGUUUUCUCUGUACGUUUCUUUGUACCUCUCAACAAUCAUUGCUUCUUCUCCCACAGCUGCAGCUAAUGUCAACCACACCCGCUUCAUUUAUGGACUCUUCUCUCGCUUCCACGCUUCUUUUAUACAAAAUAAAACAAUCACUACACCUGCGAUUAAUAAGCCUCUGAGAAUCAUCUGGCACUGACUUUUCUCUGUUUUGUCUCUUCCUCUGCUCUCUCUUUUUUUUGACCUCUCUUCACUCGACAAAGCACUCGUAUCUGGACCGAGAAACCUCGCUCAUUCUGAAAAGCAUAGCUGGAAAGCCUUCUCACCUCCUGACCAAGGUGACCGCCUCAUACACUCUGUCUCUCAUGUGUGUUUUUGUCCGCUCACUGCUUUCUCUCUCUGCUGCUUUGCAUGUCAUGACUACCUCACAUGGGAUGAAAAUCAGAUAUUUAAAUGCCUCACUGUGUUGUUUUACCAUGCACACACUCCUCUACGCCUGGAGGCUCACAUGCAGCUCAGGAUCUUUGUCUUUUUAGUAAAAAAAAUAUUUUAGCAGGUCUUUUUCCAAUGAUAUUAACUAUUAAAAACAACAUUAAGUUUUUUUUAGCAACAUAAUUAUUUUAUUUUCAGAGACAUAAGAGUAGUUAGAUAUUCUUAUUUUCACAAAUCACUUUGUAGAUGGUCCCUGGUGUGUUUUCAUCUUCAAACCUCCGAUCCAAUUUGAUGAAAUUAAAUAUUUGCAAACAUUUUAAGACAGAAUUUAGUAGAAAUGAAGCCAAAAAACCUGCAUUUCCAACUGGGUUCUCAUUCCACAACAGAGGUACAGAAGUUUAGGGAGGGAUGUAAACAAAUUGGGAUUUUUAAAAUAAAGUGAUAAUAUUACAGAAUUAAAAGCUGUAACUAAUGAGGACAAAGUGAAGUUAAAAAAGUUUCAAAAUGGCAAAAAAAAGUCAUAAAUUAAUUAGAAUGAUCUGUAAAUUGAAUUGAAUUGAAUUUGUAAAAAUAACAAGAAAAAAGUAGAAAAUUUGCAAGAAUAAAUUAGUGUAUUGAUAAAUGACCAGCUGUUCAUUUUCAAGAUACAAGUCAUUAAAAUGAUGAAAAUAGUCAUAAUUUAAAAGAUUAAAUAUCUCAAAGAAGUAAAGUCUUUAGAUUUACUUUAAAACGUCAUUAGUAAACACAAAUAUGUUCAAAUUAACAGGAAAAGUCCUGAAUCUAUAAGAUUUAACAAGACUUAAAUUGCAGAUUUAUAAGGAAACCAAGUUGUUGAUUAAAGUUAGUCCCCAGAAUUAGGAGAAAACAGCAAAAAAUUUACACAAAAAAGUCAUAAACGUUUGACAAUAAGUGUAAUUUUACUAGACUACAUAUAAAUCUGAGAAAAAAUGUGUAUUUACAAGUAUAUAGUGGCUUUCUUACAAAAAAAUGAAGCUGUCAUUUUUCUUUUUUUAAGAAAGAAGAACUUUUCUUCUCCUAUAAUGCCUUUAAAAAUGAAGUAUGGAGUCCAAAGUGUUGGAAAAUCUCUAAAAAUUGGCAUUAACAUCAGUCAAAUUUAACCUUUAACUCCUCUGGAUGUAGUUUUCUCUUUGAGUCAGACGACUUCUGAGCAAAACUAAAAGUUGUCAUAAGACGCAGCCUUGUUUGAUAUUUCUGGGUGGUCGUGCAGAAACGUUGUCAAGCAGUUUGACAUUUGGAGUUGGAUUUUCUUGUAUUUACUUUCUGGUGCUUGACUGCCUUUGAGUUUACGCAUCAUAUUUUAGCGCAAAAGCUUCCUCAGCACUUUUGUUUUCACUGUGAAACUCUUGGCAGACGUCAGUUUCCACGGCAGAUGAAUCAGUCGCAGGUUUUGGCUCUUUUUUUGAUGCAUUUGCAGACCAGAUGUGCGCAGAUUAUGACCUCUGAGUGUGAUUUGUCCUGCUGUCACUUUAAGGCACACAAUCUGCAGAGAGUCUUUAUAACCAGCAACUUUACAACCGCUUUCUGAAAUGAUAGGAGCUAAACUUGACUCGCUGCUUUUUUGGAAUAUUUCGUACGCCGUCAGAGAGGGUGUGAAAUCCAAACAACUCUCCGGCCUUUAAAUAAUUCAGCCAAAAUCCUGCAAGAGCAGUUGCAUGCUUUUUCCUCUCUGUAUUACACAACAGUUGGAUUAAUUCAGUUUUGAGAGGCUCUCUGUUUCCACGGAUCAGACCUCUCAGUGUGCUCUUAUUUGAGAGACUGUUUUUCGCUGCUUUUUCUUAAGAAGGAGGAGAGGAUAGAUUGCCCGUGGCGUACAGGCUGUGAGGGAGUUUAUGUGUCAGUGUUACACUCCUCGCCAGAGAUCCUCUCCCCUCUCUCCUCGCUCUGCAAAUCAGAAUCCUGAAUGAGCGCGAGAUGUUUGGGAACAAGCGAGGAGUGGAAAGACAUCAAAGAGAGUGGGUGCCAGGAUUUUUCUCUCUUUUUUUUUCUCUUUUUCUUUUUUUAAAUUUGCUGUGGUGUGAAAAGGAAAAACGCCUGUGGAAUAGGAAUAAUGUGUCAUGAAAAAAAAGCAGGGCGGAGGAGGAAAUAACAGGAGAUGUGGACCAGGUUACGCUGACAAUUACGGGGCUAAAACCUGCGGCGUGACUCAGAUUGACUCGCAGGCUGUAAUCUGCAGAAACCCACCCGUGACCUCCGCUCUCCUAACCCUCACACGCUCACACGCUCACGCUCGGCGGACUAAAAGCCUGCCACUAUGUGUUGGCCAAACAGAGUGUUAGUAUUAAUGUGCAUGUGCCCUGAAGUCGGUCAUGUGGAAGAGGUAGUCUGGGUCAAGAAAGACGUGGAGGCGGUGGGGGGGUUCUUGAGCCUUACGAUAAGAGGCUUGGGGAGCACUUUUAAUACCCCCUCACCCCGUCUGUGUACUUCAAAUAUUCACCACUCCGGCUCCUCAUUCACCCACUCUCUGUCCUUGUCACUGUUGUUUAGCCAUGGGGUGGUGCUGGUCACGGUUCCUCCCUCCCUAGGGUCCUGAUUGGCUCGAAGGUCUUGCAGUCUGGGCUCUACGAUUUUUGUGGGGAUUAUGUUCCAUCGAUUGGGCACACUCCCAAACCUCUGCAUCAGAUAUAUACAGACAGAGAGAGGAGAGGGGAGAGGGGGGGAGAGAGGAAGCAGGAAGAGAGGGGGAGAAGGGGGGAGGGGCAUCGUCCUCCUGACUGUCUCACUUGGCUUUUUUAAGUCAAGUUGUGCUGGAAUCAGGCGCACAUGUCUGCGUGUCACUCACUCAGUCCUCUGACGUCUGCAGAUGUGGAUUAUUCUGGACUAACUUUUCUUGCUCCUGCGGCUUAAUUUUUGCAGGUGGCAAGAGGGAAUUUUUUUCUAAUUUUGAUUUAUCUUCUGAACAAAAUCCUUCUUUUCCUUUUUAUCUUAAACUAUGGGCAGACGUGGACAUUUUUUCCUGCUUUUUCCCUUGAAAUCUUAACACGAGCCUCGCCGGAGAUCUUAAAGUGGAGGGCAUCCUAACUCAUCCGCAGCCUCUCGCCCUUCAGGGAUCUUCUUCUACUAUUGUCUCGCUGUAUAGCGAGAUCAAAGGCUGCAGCUCCAUAUGAAACCAAUAUGCAACCAUAGACGCCAUUUUUGAGGCACUGAUGUCACAAAAGCGUCAUUUUUAGUACCGUUUAAUUCAAAUUUGUGCAGAAAAUUGCAUAUAUAACACACCCAGUUGCACACCUUGAAGCGACACAACCUGCAGCAUGGAGGUGAUGGCGUCUUGUUGGAGGGGGCAGGUAAGCAGGCGUCAAAAUCUGAAUGAAAAAAUUUGGAUUUUCACUUGACAACGUGUGCCAUCACGCCCCGGGCUUGUUGGUUUAAACGGUUUUGAAGGCUGCUUUACUAUUUAAUGAAGCCGAGCGAGCAUGAUGUCUUAUUCCUGCCAGAGAAUAGUGAAAGACAUGCUGCGAGAGGAUGAGGCAAGGCUAUGAAAUCUGACAUCCUGAGAGAUUUUUGCGUUUGUGUGUUUUUUUUGGAUUGAAAAUACUUCAACCUCGAUCCCGUUUGUCCAUCCAGGAGGAGCAAGCCGCCAAACUGAAAGCGGAGAAGAUCCGAGUCGCCUUGGAGAAAAUCAAGGAGGCCCAGGUCAAAAAGGUAGGACACACACUUCGCACACUUCCUGAUUCUUUUUUUUUUUUUUAAAUCCUAAUUCCGACUCGUGGUACGAACAGCUGUCCUGUCAUGUUCGCCACACGCUGCAUUUUCUUUGUGAACUUCAUUCACGGCGAGGCAGUGAAGCGCGGAGAAAAUAGGUCAUUGCAGCGUUUGAUUAUGUGCGGGGAGGGAGCAAGAAUCCAGAAAGAGGCUUCACGCUGCAACACAAUGCAGACGCGAUCUACACAAAACGUUUAUUUACGACGCAGAACAUGACCAGUGCUCGUGUCUGUGGAGGCGACCGGUUCCAUUUAAAGGAAAGUGGGUUUAGGACUCCACAGACGGGCCAUUUUUACCGCCACUGAAUGAGCUUUUUCUCUGACUGUGAGCAGCAGAAUGGUGUCCCUUUUUUAUGCGAUGAAUAGUUGAGACGCAGCAGUGUCAAGUGAACACAAUAUGACAAGAUAAAGAGAGCUGGUACCGCCGACACGUUAGAGAGAGAAAAAAAAAACUUGAGCUGUCAGCUACUAAAUAAUUCCUCAGCAGUCUCCACCGUGAGCACAUUUCACCACAUUUUGCUUUCUCCGUAUCAGAUUUGAUUUAAAAACAUGCCAAACUGUGGGGUUUAAAGGGUUCACCCGGUGAAAAAUAUGGGUCAAGAUCCACUUCUUAUGUUCCCUAUCUUAUUGGUCAAAGUCUCGGUUUAGUCAGCUGCAUCUGUAAACUUAUUGGACAUCAGGAUCCCAGUGGGAGGGGGACAGACAGGAGGUCAAGGAAUCGAGGGGCUUCACUAGAUUUCACACCAGGACUAGACCGAUGUAGGCUGCGAUUGAGGGAGGCUGGAUUUGGCACGUGUGUUUGUCUCCAGAUUAGUUUAAGCUGGCUGAUUACAGGGGGCCUUUUUGCUGCCUGUGGAGACAACUUUGGCCAGAUUAUCGGAUUUUAAUGUUCAGAGUUUAGUUUGCCAAGUUGUGACUGUAGUAACCCCGUAAAUAGUUUGGAAGUAUUUCAAACAAGUCUUCCCUCAUGAUCAGAUUUCUUAUUUCUAGCGAGGAAAAGCUGUUUGUCCACAACCAGAAUCUUCAGCUUUAGGAAAUUUCAUUUGUUGCAAAUAGUUACGAGAAAAUCAUCACAUGAUCAUUUGAAACCACAACAAUCACUUAAUUUGAAAUGUCGCUGCAGCUAUGAUGCCAAAGGUUAGCUGAGUUUAUUAAAAGUUGACUUGAGGUGCCUGUAAAGCUGAGUGGUUAAUUUGAGUGCCCCAUGUUCAGAGGCUUUAAUCCUUAAAGUAGGCUGCCUCAUCUCCAUGACGACCUGAGGGCUUCCUGUCCUCCAAUAAAGUUAUCAAACGUGGUCACAUUUGAGCAGUUUUGUGUUAAUAUAGGGGGGGGGGGAAUAACAGCUUUGUGACCCUUUACCAAAAUAAAUUCAGCAAUCUUCACACCAUAUCUGAUCAACUACUUCAUAUUGAAUUUAUACACAAUUUAGGCUGUGUUCACACUGCAGGUCAAUUCUGAUUUUUUAACCAUAUGUGACACAUAUCAGAUUUUUCAUGUAAGUGUGAACAGUGCAGUUCAGAUUUUUCAAAUCCGUCCCCGGCCUCUUUUGUAUGUGGAUAUAAAUCAGAUAUGUAUCCAAUGUGACUGUAGUGUGGACGCUCAGGUCAUGUUCAUCCGACGUAUACGUCAUCAAUAUGCGACAAACGUCACCAUUGUUUGACAACACAAACAGGCGCAGAAAGCAUGCGGGUCACUUCACAGACGCAUUCUGUUCACAUUAGAUGCCGCAUUCGUUAUUGUAAUGUGAACAACCGCACAAAAAGAUCUGAUUUAAUAAUAAAAUCCAAAUUGUGCAUCAUAACCUGCAGCGUGAACGUAGCCUUAGAGUCUGAAACAGAAAAAAAUAAACCUUUAAACAUCUUCCUUCAUAAUUUUAUCAUAAAUUUCAAGAAAAUAUAAUUUAAUAUAAUAUCUUUGUCUUCCUCGCACCAUUUCCAGACAUUUGAAAUGAUGAGGAAUGAAGAGCCAAAUAAAAGCCAAGGCAGGGAGAGCAGCAGCAAAGACCCAGAGUGCAUUACAGAGCAGGCAGAUAUAUGACACUGGUAAAAUCAGACUCAGCGUGAAAAUGAGGAGCUGGGUUGGGAGAAGGAAGGGUAGAUGAUCUUUCGUUUCAUUUGUUUUUAUAACAAGCUCUUUCAUGUCUUCCUCAGCUGGUCAUCAGGGUCCACAUGUCAGAUGAGAGCUCCAAGACCAUGAUGGUGGAUGAGCGGCAGUCUGUCAGACAGGUGCUGGACAGCCUGCUGGAUAAGUCUCACUGUGGUUACAGCCCUGACUGGUCUCUGGUGGAAACCAUCACCGAGCUGCAGAUGGGUAAGAGAGGACGCGCCAAACCUCAUUGAAAAAAACACAGUUUUUUGAUCACCUAGAAAAUCAGCAACAAAUAAAUGCACAUCCUCCAACUUAUCCUCCCUGCUUCUUUUUCUAGAGCGUAUUUUCGAAGAUCAUGAAAACUUGGUGGAGAAUCUCUUAAACUGGACCAGAGACAGCCACAACAAGCUGAUGUUCAUCGAACGCAUCGAGAAAUACGCUCUCUUUAAGAACCCUCAGGUGACUGUCCACCACACCGUACACAAAAACAUCCACGUGAGAUCGAGGAUAGAUCAUAUUCUCACAUAGCCGCUCUGCAUUCAGUGUGUAAAAGCUGGAAGCAUAUGCUGUACACACAAACACAUUGUUUAUGCAUGCACAGCCCAGAGAGUGAACAAGGGAGUGUGUUUGUGUAGGAGAGUAGGAAGUAGGUCAAAGCUCUAAAGCGAGUAAAAGGUGAAUAAUUUAUUUCACAUAAGACGAGGUGAGCCGCUGACUUCCCCCUCACUCCUCCUCCCUGUCCUCCAUUCACUCUACUAAUCCUCUGAAUCAUCUCCAGAACUAUUUGUUGGGGCGGAAGGAGACAUCUGAAAUGGCUGACAGGAAUAAAGAAGCCUUGUUAGAGGUGAGAUGAAACACAAACUCAAACUUCAACUUUUGCUUUCAUCCUACGGUGUAAGAUUUCUCAAAAAAAAUGAUGUGUUUCAAUCAGGAGUGUUUCUGCGGCGGCUCGGUCUCAGUGCCGGAGAUCGAAGGCAUCCUCUGGCUGAAAGAAGAUGGGAAGAAGUCUUGGAAGAAGCGUUACUUUCUCCUCAGAGCUUCUGGGAUCUACUACGUCCCAAAAGGCAAAGCCAAGGUCAGUGAGACGGAAUUAGGAUUCAGGACAGACGUGCAUGUGGGUUAUGAAAGCCGGAGAAGAUUCAUUACGCACAUGUGCUCCAUUUUUAGUACCAUCAUGCUCCAAACUUUUUGCACAGUCAGCAGCAGCUCCACAUCAGGAGGCUUGUGGAGUUGAUCGCUCUUUUAACUGUUUGUGAAAGGGUGAUGAGGCAGUCUUAAAACUGGAGGAUUCUUCAGCUUCAGUCAGUCAGUCAGUUUUAGCCCACGUCAGCCCCACAUAUUUGGACAAAUACGCCAUCAAUAGUAUGUUUGCACUGACAGAGUACAAGCUGAAUCUCUUCCAGCAGUCUCUUUAGAUUAUUGUCACCCGUUAAUCAUGUCGUUGAUAAAUCCUGCCGUCCUGAGAUGAGCUCAAUACGAGGUGAGUCACCGCGGUUCAUUACAGUGUCAGCUUAGGAGCCAAAUAAAGCGCUGUAUAUUUAAUUCAGAUCUGUGUUACUACUCUAGCAAACAUGCACACAACAUCCACCACAGAGGCAGCUCUUAACAUAAUUAUUUAAAGCUCUUUUAGAGGAACAUCACUCCAGCACAGAAACAGUAUGUGUCCCAAAAAUACUCAACACCAUCAAUACGUAAUUAAGACAAUUUAGUCUCUGUAGUUUUUCUGCGUUCUGUCAGUCCACACUAAGGUCCUGUAUACUACAUAUACUUUAGCUAUGUUGCUGAUCGGAAAAUAAUGGACCAAAACAGUGGUUGCAUUUUCAUUUUGUAACAACACGCAGUGGGAGCUACUUUGUUGACGUCAUCUAAGACUGAUUGAUUAAUAUGGGCCAUCUUCAUAAAGUGACAAAUGAAGGAUAAGGAAGUAAAAAAUAAUACGCCCAUAGAUGUUUGGGGUCAUAUUUGGGGGUUUUCCACCUCUACAUCUGUCUGUACUAGUCUGCAACCGUCCAUCAGAUAGCCAAUCACUGCAGCACCUCAUUAUUGUAACCUCCCCGUCUGCUCAGAUCACCAUGUGGAUAACGGGGUAGAAACUGAGAGGCUGCAGAUCCUCCGCAAAGGCUUUAAUUUGAGAUGUUUUCUUCAGGCUUUCUUAAAAGACGUCUAGGACAUAUUGUCAACAGCUAAAAGUACCAUUACAGAGGACGUUAAGAAGUUGUAUCCACUUAAUGCAUCUUCCUCUCUCUCUUUCUGCAGGCCUCCAGAGAUCUGGUGUGCUUCUUGCAGUUGGACCAUGUUAACGUCUAUUACGGCCAGGACUACCGCAGUAAAUACAAGGCUCCUACUGACUACUGCCUGGCUCUCAAGGUAAAGAAAUCUUUCAUCUUACGUCUGCAUUUGAGUUGGAUUUUUUUCCCCUAAAAUCUAAAGCUAGUCCAUUUGAAGUUUGAGUUUCACACGGACCCUUAGAGACACAUCGGAGCUUCUCUCAUACUGAGUUAGACAAGCACUUCAUUGCGUUCGCUGUCAUUAGCCUCCCGUUCUAACUCUCUUCAAGCUGCUUCCAAACAACUCCAUGACAGUUGUUGUUCAAUUAAGUUAGAUAGCUUUUUAAUAAGGCGGAUAAAGUGUUAUUGCUCCCUGUAAUUAAUGUUGGAGACUCAAAGCCUGUCACAGCAUCACUUAUCUUCUCAUAUUGUAGAUACUGAGGGUGUAGAUGAGAGUUUUUAACUGUUCCACUUCUUCUUGCAGCAUCCACAAAUCCAGAAAAAGUCUCAGUACAUCAAAUAUUUGUGCUGCGAUGAUGUCAGGACUCUGCACCAAUGGGUGAAUGGGAUUCGCAUCGCCAAGGUGCGCCUGAAACAUGAAAAUUUUCUUUUCAUAUUUGAGUUCAUGAAUAAUUAAGUUCAAAUUCAAUUAUGUUUUUUUGUUUUUCUUCCUUGUGAUUGGUUAGUAUGGGAAGCAGCUGUACAUGAACUACCAGGAGGCUAUGAAGAGGACAGAGGCGGCCUAUGAUUGGUCCUCUCUUUCAACCUCCAGCAUCAGAUCCGGCUCCAGCUCUGCAAGCAUACCAGGCAAGCAUACCCCCAUCAUUCCUUUGAUUUAAGGAUACCGUAAAUCCUUUAAUAUGACUAGCUCCUUUAUUUCACUUCUUUUGCCAAAGGUAUCAGACUUUUAUAUUUAGCAGGCUUGUACAAGAGGCAGGUCUUUAAAUCAAAUACUAGUUAUAACUGUACACACAAAGUACAAAGUUGACAGCCUGAUUUAGAAAAGAGUUGUGUGGCUGGAGAUGCUGAUGGUUACCAAACAAAAUAGUGGUCCAAACUUCACACAAACUUGACAAAUCUGACCUUGUUUUGAUUCAACAGAACAUGCGGCUGGUGUGUAAUUGUUGUGAAGAAUCAGACAGUCCAAUAGACAAGUAAAAAUAAGGUAGUAGUACAGUACAGUACAAAUAGUUGUAAGAAAGAAGGUACUAUAUAUACAAGACAAGAAUUCUACAGAACAGUUAAUUGGUAAUAUUGCACUUGUUACCUCAUCUUGAGGGCUGGAGCUGAUUUAUGGGAGUUUAAGAUGGUGAUGCUCGAGGGAAGAAGUUGUUUUUGAGUCUGUUAGUCCUUGACAAUGGCCUUAUGGACCCAGAUUGAGGAACUUGUGUUCUCCCUGAUAAAGAUCUAAAAUCCUCAUCCAUUUCUUCACCAGUAAAGGAUGUAAAGUUGAUAACAAGAGGCCCGGCUGCAAAGUGAAUAGCUGUCAUUAUUUUGAGUUUUACGGUUUUGAUACAGCUCAAAGUUGCUGCUGUAGACUUGGGUAUUUUAGCAGAUUAUUUAAAGCCAACUGUCUCAAAUUUGGGUUUUAAGAUGGACAGUGAUUUUAAAUUCGACAGGCAAAUUAGCUCCGUAAUGAAAUCCAGUUUUUAUCAUAUUAGGCAGCUGGCGAAGGCAAAGCCUUUUCUUUCACGUACGCACUUUGAAACAGUAAUCCAUGCCUUUGUUACAUCUCGGCUGGAUUACUGUAAUGCACUUUAUUUUGGAGUCAGCCAGUCCUCCCUCUCACGUCUCCAGUUAGUUCAAAACGCAGCCGCCCGGCUCCUAACUGGAGUACGUAAGAGGGAGCACAUUACUCCCAUCCUGGCCUCCCUCCACUGGUUGCCCGUGCAUUUUAGAGUUCAUUUUAAGAUUCUUUUAUUUGUUUUUAAAUCUUUAAAUGGUCUGGCUCCAUCAUACCUCUCUGAGCUUCUCCACCCCUACACCCCAGCUCGGUGCCUCAGGUCAGCUGAUCAGCUGCUCCUGGAGGUACCGAGGUCCAAACGGAAGCUCAGAGGGGAUAGAUCUUUUUCUGUUGCUGCCCCAAUUUUAUGGAACGAGCAACCCCUCCAAAUUAGACAAGCCCCCACACUGUCCAUUUUUAAAACUCGUCUUAAAACCCAUUUUUAUUCAUUGGCUUUUAACCCUGCAUGAGACUCGGCUCCUGUUUUAGUGUUCUAUGGUUUGUUUUUAGUUAUUUGUUUCUAUGUUUUUAAAUUAGUUUUUAAAAACAUUGAAGCUAUAUUUUAUUAUUAAUUCUGCUUUUAUUUUAUCCAUUGUUUUAAUUGUUUCUUGAUUGUUUUUUAUCUUGUUGUUUUGCCUAUUUAUGUACAGCACUUUGUACAGCUGUGGUUGUUUUAAAGUGCUCUACAAAUAAAGUUGAGUUGAGUUGAGUUGAACGAAUCAUGACUGAAGAAACCUCCCUCUCAGAGUCUCUGUGCUCUUUGUGUGUGUGCUUUUAGAGUCCCAGUCGAACCAUUCAGGCCAUUCUGACAGUGGCGUGGACACAGGAUCCUCUCAUGGGCGGUCCCAGAGUGUGGUCAGCUCCAUCUUCUCUGAGGCCUGGAAGAGAGGGACCCAGAUUGAGGAAAGCACCAAGGUAAGAAGAAGAGGAUAAAGAGGUUUUUUGCUGCAGAAUGUGAGAUUUUACAGAGAUAAUAUGUUUUGUUUUGUUUUUUUUAGCAAAUGAGGAUGGAGGCAUCUAGAUCGGGUACCCUACCACACGGCUCCCACAGCCACCGACAUCACAGCCAGCAUUCAGUUGAUCACCCCGCUCUGACACCCCCUCCCCAACCUCAGCCUCCACCUCAACCCCAACAACAGCAGCCACCACCGCCUCAGUACCCAACCAUGCUACCCCAAACCCCACCUCAACACCAGCACCUGCCUCCCCAGCCUCAAUCUCCUCAACAGACCCCACAGCUUCCUCCACUCCAGAUGAUUCAGCGCCCACCAGAAACUCCACGAUCUCCUCUACAACAGCCACAAACCGCCAUCAGCUACAACCACGUGCUCCCCCAGCAGCAGCAGCAAGAAGUGGCUCCUUCACCCCCACCUCCUCCUCCUCCUCCGCCGCCUCCCCCUCCUCCUCCACCGCCAGCUCAAAUAAUCUCCCACCACUCCCCAGCUCUAAAUAUGUACAAGUACAGCACCAUCACUCGGCUGCAGAAUCAGAAAUCCUCCAACACCGCCAACCACCAUAAGCUGCCGGGCCAUAUCCACGCCCUGGGUCACCAAGUUCUACCCACAUCUCUGGCUCCGCCUCCAGCACAAGCACCAGUCAAACCUAACGUCAAUCACAUUGCAGCAAGGACUAAUGUACCGCCUCCUCCUCCUCCACCGCCGCCACCAUCCAUGCCGGCUCCAGGGUCAGCCAUGGCUGUUCUGAAAAUGGGUCCUCCGAGCCCUGCAGCCCCACCUUCCUUCAUUCCUCCACCACCAGCACCUCCACCUGCUACUCAAUCCAAUGGAGUAGCAUUCCCUCCCCCUCCUCCUCCUCCUCCUCCACCCCCUGCAGUGAUGGCGCCCAUGAGUCAACCUGUUUACCCCAACGGGCUGAAGCAGGCACUAAAGGAACGGUUCCCCAGUCCACCACGGGACCUCCUUUCUCCAAACGGUAGCCUUGAGGAUUCACCACCUCCUGCCCCAGCUCCACCACCCCCUCCUCCUCCACCGCCACCUCCACCUCCUCCCCCACCUCCUCCUCAGCAGUUCCAAGUGCAGGCCCAGUUCCCGCCACCUCCGCCUGCACCACCGAAAACCUUCAACCCUGGCUUUGUUCCUCACACUGCCCUCAAACCUGUCUCACCUGUCUCCCCAUUCCCUCCUGCUCCACCUUCGGCAGCUCUUGGUUGUCCGACUCCGCCGCCACCCCCACCUCCUCCUCCACCUGCUCCUUUUAAGAAGCAGUUCAGUCUCCAGGCGGGGCAUACCAGCCAACCGCCUCCUACUCUGCCGAAGCAGCACAGUCUGUCUAAACCAUCCUCCAUUUCAACUGGAGGCCCGCCCACCACGUCUUUGGUGAAACAGCUGGCGAGUCAGUUUCCAGGAGCAUCAUCUCAAGCAGCCAAUCACGCAGAGAGCCCUAAAGCCCCCCUCUCCCCCCCUGCAGUGAAGACCAAACCAAGAUGGCAGCCAGGUGGAGGCCAGCAGCUCCAAUCUCCGGAGUUCCCUCCUCCUCCUCCUGACAACAACGCUGGAUUUCCUGCGCCGCCUCCUCCGCCUCCUCCUCCUCCACCUCCCCCAGUCACAGGCCCAACUCCUCCACCUCCACCUCUCCCUCCUGGAAACCUGGGCUCCCCAAUGAAGAGGUCUCCCCCUGGAUCAUUUAACUUUGGAGGCAAGAAACCUCCACCUGCUCCACAGAGGAACUCCAGCGUGAAGGCCAAUGCAUCAGCAUCCUAUGAGGAGUCCAGGAAAAACUUACUAAGCAAGUUUGCCCCCCAGGGUAAUGCCACUCCUUCCUUCCCCUGCCCCACCCCCUCCUCCACUGGAUCUCCUUCUAAGGACCCCUCAAAUGGCCCUCCAGCUCCCCCAAAACCAGGCAAGCUCAAUCUCUCCAACCUCACCCCAGCGCUUCAGGCCAAAGUGAGCCAGGCCAAGCAAUCCGGUGGCGACUUCCCUUCCCCACCUCCUGAUUGCGCCUACUUCCCCCCUCCUCCCCCAGCCUCUGAGCUCUUCCCCCCUCCUCCACCUCCUGGUUCUGAUGCCCAUAGUGGAGGCCCACCAAGAGUUGCUGUGGUCAACCCACAGCCGCAGGCACCACCUCCUCCUCCACCUGUUCCCAUUGUAAGCAACUCAACAUGGGGGAAGAGCUCGCUGAAAAAGACUCCUCCACCAACACUGGUGCGGCGUAGCAACACCACACCAGACCCCCCUCCGCUUUCACCCCCACCUACAUCCCCAAAGGGCAGCUCGGGCCAACCUAACUUCUUGGAGGAUCUGAACCGGACGCUGAAGCGGAAAUCCGUGGGUCGCCAAGGUUCUGUAAACUCAGCGGGCAAGUUAGAAACUGGAGGAACUAUGGAUGACAUGGCGCUGCCGCCGCCUCCGCCCGAGCUGCUCCUGGACCAAGGGAAGCAAAGCAAUGGUGGGAACGGUGGCUACAUGUCCGGAAACAUCUCAGGCUAUGCAACGCUAAGACGAGGACCCCCGCCUGCACCGCCAAAACGGGGGGACGCCACGAAACUUACCGGAGAGUGUUGAGUUUGGACAUCAGGACACGAUAGAGACAAUGAAGAAUAUAUAGGAGUGAAUAUUCAUACGCUGACUGUGUAAAUACUGAAACCCAAACCAGACCGUGAUCAGUUAGUGUUUGCUAAGUAUUGCAUUUUUUAAAGCUUGGUUCACUGGAUCUUUUGGAAAAUUCAGAUUGAAGUAGAGAAGUUUGGCUCCUCAACAUCCAAAACUCUCCAUACUGGCCUGUUCCUGUAGACCCCACCCAUCUAGUCCACUAAGCAGAGUAAAGUAAUAAUAAGAACCCUGCAAAUAUUACUGGAUCCAGGUCUGAGCCGAACCAUGUAUCUGCUUCUCUGCCAUAAGUUUGUGCCACGUACUGGAUAAAAAAACCAACAUGAGGAUCUCUCUGCUUUGGUACUGCAUGGAUCUCAUGUAAGAACAGGCUGUAAACACUCUGAUGAGCUGUUCUGGUGUGUGUGCAUGAGUGAGAAAGAGAGAGACACCAAGACUGAAUAUACAUACAUGCAUUGUGCAUAUGCACGUAUAACUACGUGGUGUGGUUAACCAUUAAGAAAGACCUUCACGGAGUGCAGAUUGGUUAGAUUUGUUUUUAUAUGAAAUUAUUUAAUGAUUGAUAAAUGGAAGGAUUUUUUUAUGAGUUUGUAUUUUAAAAGCUGGUCAACAAAGUCAAGAGAGGAACGACACAUUCAGGCACAGCAGAAUGUAUUUGGGAAGGCACAUUUGGAAAUAAUGAAUUACGGUUAUGAAGGCAAUGAUUUUAAAAAAGCUAGAGCCCGAUUGAUAUAGGAGUCAAAAUGCUCAAAAAUAACUUACCAAAACAAGUUUCUUUUUUCAGAUGUUCCACAGAACAAUGCUGGUAGUUGGUAUUAUCUUGUAGUUUGCAGAACAUGCAGCAAGGGGUGACCCGAUCAGCGGUUUUACAUCCGAAUCCCAAUUUAAAGUAUGGAGUAUCUGCUGGUACAUUUUUUCUAUUUUACAUCAUAAAUUAUUAUAUUUAUUCAUAUCAAGCAAAAACACACUUUUUGCUGUGUGGAAAUAAAAAAGAAAUAAACUCAAAUUCCAAGUUUUGAUACUGAGGAGUUUAACUUGUUGUAGUGGUAUCAAUUCAUAAUGAUAUUCAAUAUCAUGACAACCCUAGGUUGUAAAGCAAAUAUCUAAAUGGUUCAAUUUGUUCCGUUUUAAAUUGACCUAAUAUCUCUAAAUUGAGUCAGUGAUAUUGUAUCUUUAUCCAGACAGCUGAUCGAUAUCUUUUGAUUCAUACAAUUACUUUUCUGUUUCCAUAACCGUAGAACUGAAAAUCCAUGCAGAAAACCAUCACUUGCAUUCAGUUAAAGGUUUGUUUGACUCCUGCAUCAGUCGGGCUCUAGAAAAACUAACAAAUGUGUAAAACUCUUGAACCUGUUAUCUCAUUUCUAGACUGUUUCGUAACUCUGCAAAUGCAAAUGAGAAGGACGCCUUAUUCCCAAAGUCUUGCACAGAGGUCAGAGCAGAUUUCUCCCUCAAGUUCAGCCGAGUCUGGACCGUGCAACUGGAAAAUAAAGUGUUUUAUUUAACAGACUCCUGUCAAUGGAAAGAGGGAGGCCUGCAAUGGUGCAUAUCUUUGGACUAUGUGAGUUCCCCGUGCGUUUGGCUUGAUUUUGGACCUUAUCCUUCAGUUUGUAUCUGUACAGUUGCAGCUGCUACUCCUGUUUACUGUUGGUCCCCCUCUCACCGCCUUCUAAAGUCACAUGGUAUCACAUUUCAGGAUGUCGAAUGUACAGAUUGGAUUGUGAAGUAUACUCAUCUUAUCCACAGGAAUUGCAAAACAUACAUUUGUCCGGUUAAUGUACAGAGAAUUAAAACCAUGUAGUUGAUAACAGAGGUCGUCAGACUGGCAUUAGACUGAAUGUUGCUUUCAACUUUGUGUGUCCGUCGUAUCUUUGUUUCCUCAUGGUGCCAUAACCGCGUCAAUCCUCGGUGCACGACCGCACCACUGAGCUUACAUAUUAUGAUUUUGUGAUUCAUAAAGGGUUUUGAUUUCUUGCAACAACGUCUUCAUUUUAAGGGUGCUCAAUCUCAACAUGUCUGUGUGCAGCAGGAGGACAUAUUAUUGAUAUUUGAGACACUUUAAACUGGUUUAAAGUGGCUUUUUGUGUGAAAAUAUGUGCUCGGUAAAUGAUUCACAAGCAUAAAGAUGGUCUUUUUUUCAUAUCAGCCCAUAUUCAUCAUGCUGUUCCAUUGUUCCGCCACAGCUCCAGUGGUUUCUGUCACCACUCAAAGAAAGGCAGUGUACCGUUUCUUCUAACUGAAUAUCAUUGUCUUAUGCAGGAUGUUUGCUACAGUACAGUAUGUAAGUUAUUGAUGUGCUGACGUGAACAUGUGGGGCCAAGUGAAGUGACGAAAAGCGGUUGCAGAUAAGAGUUAAUGUGUCCUCUUGCAUUUAAACUGAAAAUCACAAUAUAAAUGUUCAAACCAGAAGCCAAGCU